AUGGCCAAAGCUGUCAGAUCCAUGUACGUGGGUCCUGGGAAGCCCCACGUUGCUGCAAGUGGCAAGGGUCGGAUGCUCCCGCUGGGGCGGUUGAAGAAACGCACGGCCGUGGUCACGACACAAGACAUUACGGGUGGCGAUAAGUACCCUGACUGUGCGUAUCCUGGUCAAUCACAGUACCACAUCCACACAGGCUCGCCCACUGAACGAGAUUGCACAACAACAGACAUGUUUUCAUCAAAUUCUACAAUGGAGCAGUUUCUGCUCAAGGACGCGGCCGUGAGGCAAGCACGCGUCUUGAAUCUCUCGACAGACAUCCAAGAGGAUGCGAAAUGGGUGGUUGCGCUGGCCCUGAACGAGACGGCAGCGCCGGCCGGGGACGAGGAGACCUCGGCGAUUGUGAAGCGCCUCCGCAAGGCCUCGCGACGCCUCUGGCACGAGGCCAAUGCCGGGACCAAGGUUCCGAGCACCUGGGUCGUGGUGGACGACAUUGACGACGACGAAUCGCUUACCCAGCAGCUCGCAAGGCUGGGCGUCACUUCUUCCGACAAUCCUACGCAGCGAACCCUCCGAGCCGUCAUCGCCGACGUCCUGAAUAUCCCCAUUGCCGACGUGGCGCUGGAUUCGUCCUUUGCCAAGCUCGGUGGUGACUCGAUUCGUGCCGUCGAGGUGCUGUCCAGGUGCCAGGCGGCCGGGCUGGAACUCAGAGUUCGCGAGAUUGUCGGCGCCGCGAGCAUUGCCGAGCUGGCAGAGCUCGCUCGUCGCAAAAGUGCGGUUUCUUCGCAACAGGCGGCCGCUCGUCCCGCUGCGGAUGUGGCUCGGCCAGGCGCGUUGUCGCCGAUUCGCGGCCUUGCGCAUUGGAAUCUCCGAGAGCGGGACCUCGAUGCCGAGCAUCGCGAGUCCUACCGCUUCUCGCUUUCAAGCCAGGCUGCGGCUUCGGCACGCAAGAUCCGCGAUAUCUCGUCUUUGCAGGCCGUCUUCGUCACUACGGUCCAGCAGUCGUUCUGCAAGACCUUUGGUGGAGUUGACGAGCCGGUGGCCGUCCAGUCGGAACAGGCGACGCUGACCUUCAAGAUUCCCUCCCAUAAUGCCGCUCAGCAAGCCAAUCCCGAUAGUUUCAGGUUGGCCGUCAGAUGUACCAAAGAUGCUGUGGCGUCGGCUCGUGACGACAAGGUCGCGACCGUCGCUCUUGGCACGGAACUCUGCAUCACUUGCGACAUCGGUGGACAGGGGUCUGCCAUUGAAACCCCUGUCGCCACCAUUAAAGGCGUGGCAUCGUCGUCUAUCUUCAAUAUCAAGAUCGAUGCCAACGACCACCGGGUGGAUAUCUCCUUCGACUACCCAUUGGCUCUCAAGCAGAAUGUGCAGCAGCUCCAAGAAUGGUUCGAGAGCUGCCGCAACCUGCUCGAGACCGAGCCAUCACGUCUCGUCACCAAGUCUGGCAUCAUAUUGUCGCUUGGCGACUUUCCCAACUUGACACUUUCGCAUGACGAGCUUGAUGCAUUUUCCCAAGGCAUUGAAGAGGUUGGCCUUGACAAGAUCCAGAGCGUAUACCCCACGACACCACUCCAGGACGGUAUUCUGCUGUCUCAAGUGACAUCGUCCGAUGUCUAUCGUAUCUCCUGCGUCUUUGAAGUGUCCAGUCGAACAGCAGCCACGCCCCUCGACCUGGCGCGUCUGCAGGCGGCAUGGAACGACGUCGUAGCCCAGCACGCGGCCCUGAGGACCGUGUUUGUCCCCAGCGCACGUGGCGGUGCCAUGUUUGAGCAGGUCGUCCUCCGCAACACCGCCGCCGAGCUUGCCUACUGCGGCAAGUUCGCCAACAGCGACGAGGUCGUCGCGGCCCUCGAGGGUCUCGACGAGGCCUUGUUCGUCAAGGACCAGCCGGCCCACCGGCUGGCUGUGGGUGAGACUGCGGACGGGCGUGCCUACUGCAAGCUUGAGAUCAGCCACGCUGUGAUUGAUGGCAUCUCUGUCUUCCACCUCUUCACUAGCCUCUCGCGCGCCUAUAGCGGGCAGAAGCCUGAGGAGGGCCGCGCUGACAUGGAACAGUUCAUCGCCUAUCCGCAGUCCAAGGCCAUGGAGGCGCAGAUGGACUACUGGAAGACGCUUUUGCUGGACGUCAAGCCAAGCCUCUUCCCCACGCUGACUGACCAAGUUGCGAGCACGCCGACCAAGAUGGAGAGCGUCUCGGCCAGGAUUGCGUCGCCGAUGGUCCGGGACUUUUGCAAGACCCAUUCGAUUACCGUCGCGGCGCUCCUCAAGGCCGCCUGGGCAAUUGUCCUCCGCGGGUACACCAUGACUGACGAUGUUUCGUUCGGCUACCUGUCCGCCACGCGCGACCUUCCGCUCCCCGGGAUGGCCAGCAUGAUCGGACCACUGAUCAACAUGCUCAUUUGCCGUAUCGACUUUACCGAGGGCGGCAGCGGAGUGCAAAGCGGACAGGAGCUGGUGAGACAGCUCAUGGCCCAGCUCGGCGACAGCAUGGAUAACCAGGAUGUGUCGCUGGCUGAGAUCCAGCACGCGGUUGCCCCGGGCACCAGGCGACUCUUCAACACGCUCCUAUCGGUCAUGUAUGCGAUGCCUGAAGACAAGAGGCCCGAGAGGGAGAUUGAUGUCAAGUUGAGAGCCAGUCACGCUCCUACCGAGUACGACAUUACUCUGAACAUCGAGAUCGGCCCGGCAGAAUUGACAGUGGCUGUGGACUACUUUGGCACCGUCAUGACGCGAGCCCAGGCCACCAGCCUCGGUGCAUGCUUUGUGCACGUAGUCAACAGCCUUGUCCACGACCCCGUCAGCAGCAUCUCGGCUAUUGACAUGGUCAGCAACACCGACUUGGCCAGGAUGACUGCUGCACAGACAUUGCCUCCUGCAACUCAUGCCUGCACGCACUGGAAGAUUAUGGAGCAGAUCCGCUUGAGGCCCAACGAGGCCGCCGUGGUGGCAUGGGAUGGUGACCUCACCUACACAGAGCUCGGCGCGCACGCCUUCCGCCUCGCGUCCAAGCUCCAGCAGCUUGGUCUCGGGCCAGAGGAUCUCGUGCCCGUAUGCUUCCACAAGUCCAAGUGGGCAGCAGUUGCCAUGGUUGCGGUACAGAUGGCCGGCGCCGCUUUUGUUCCCCUGGAUCCAGGGGCGCCGAGACUGCGCCUGCAGAGUGUUCUGGCCGACACCUCGGCUACCGUGGCCCUCGUGGGAGCCUCGAGCUCGUCCAAGCUUGUCGACAUGGGACUGGACGUCCUCACCGUCGACGAGGACCUGCUCACUGCUCUGCCCACUGUUGAGGAGAGCGGUGUCACCGCCUCGGCGGCAGUCCGACCAGACAAUGCAUCCGUCAUUCUCUUCACGUCUGGCAGUACUGGCCGCCCCAAGGGCAUCGUCAUGCAGCACAAUGGUUUCUGCUCGACAGCCGAAGCAUACGGCACCGCGCUUGGCGUUGGACCGGGCACGCGUGUCCUCCAGUUCUCGUCCUACACCUUCGACAUUGGCGUGCUCGAUGUGCUCGUCACCUUGAUGCGUGGCGGGUGCGUGUGCAUUCCGUCCGAGGAGGCCCGCGUCAACGACCUCGCCGGCGCCAUCAACAGCCUCCGGGCCAACUGGGCCCUCCUCACGCCGACCGUGGCCGACCUCCUCUCUCCCGCCGAUGUCCCUGGGCUACAGACUCUCGCGCUCGCAGGCGAGGCCGUGACCAAGGGCGUCGUCGACAAGUGGAAGGGCCACGCCGCCACGGCCGGCGCCAACAACUCGUUCCACGGCAUCUACGGCCCGGCAGAGGCCUCGACGUGCGCGUGGAACGCCAGCCUAGGUACGUCCUCCAAGUCUACUAACAUCGGCACACCCCUCGCAAGCGCGUUCUGGGUGGUCAGUCCCACCAACAGCAAGCAGCUCCUCCCCGCUGGCUGCAUUGGUGAGCUGCUCGUUCAGGGGCCCAUGCUUGCGCGAGGAUACCUCACGCACGACCCCAAGGCCUCUGCCAACUGGGUCGAGAAUGUGCCGUGGUCGUCGUCAUCGUCGCCGUCCUCCCAGGCAAGCCGGGGCUACCUCACUGGUGAUCUGGUGCGCCUCAACGACGACGGGACGUUUACGUACAUUGGCCGCAAGGACACACAGGUCAAGCUCCACGGCCAGCGUAUCGAGCUCGGCGAAAUUGAGACACACCUGCACGAGGUCUUGCCGAGUGGCCUGACCGGUAUGGUGGAUGUACUUACUACUCACAAUGACAGCAACACCGCCGGCAAGGGCCAGAAGCUGCUCUCUGCGUUCAUCUGGACCAAGCAGCCGGCUAGGACUGAAGGAGGGGACAAGCAGCAGCAGCCUCUCAGACUCGUCGAGCAGCUGUCUUCGGAAGACCGGCGCCUGACUGGCGGGUUGAGAACUACACUGGGCCAGCGACUGCCAGGGUACAUGGUCCCGACCGUGUACUUUGUGCUCGCGGGCCAGCCAAAGCUCACCGUCUCGGGCAAGGUCGACCGGAAGCAGUUUGCCAGUCUUGUGUCUGCGGAGAAGGACAUCAACACCCUGCUUAUGGCCUCCUCUCCUUCUGACUUUGCAUCCGACUCCUCCCUCGAUCAGCCGCUCACCGACACCGAGACUCAGCUGCAAGAUGUCUGGGCGCUUGUCCUGGCUCGCCCAGCUCCCCAGAUCGGUCGAGACGACAGCUUCCUCGAGAUUGGAGGUGAUUCGAUUGGUGCAAUCCAGGUCGUGACGGCUGCUCGUCAGGUCGGCCUCCAAGUCACCGUGCAGCAGAUCUUUAGCGACCCGCGGCUGUCCGCCGUUGCGGCCAAGGCUACCCGCACUGCCCAGGCAGCCGACAGCCUGGCCGCUGCAGCGAGACAACCGUUCAACCUCCUCCCGGCCGAGGUUGACCACGAGGCUCUCAAGACCUACAUCUCCGCCGAGUGUGCUCUCGACAACACCGCACAAGCCAUUGAGGAUGCGUACCCUUGCACGCCGCUACAGGAAGGCCUGAUGGCUCUAGCCGCGAAGCAACCCGGCUCGUAUAUUGCCAAGCACGUGUACGAGCUUGCCGAGAGGGUAGAUCUUGAUGGCUUCAAGGCCGCGUGGGAGCGCACCGUUGAGUCCUGCGCCAACCUGCGCACCCGGAUCGUCUUGUACAACGGCGUAUCUGUGCAGGCCAGCAUCCGCGAGUCCGCAGAGUGGGAGGAGACAAGCCUGUCGUCAUCGGAUCUCUCCGCCGUGCUCGACGAGACCAAGGGGGUCGACAUGCAGUACGGAUCUCGCCUGUGUAGGUAUGCCCUGGUCGACACGGGGGUCUCGGGUCCUCGAUACUUUGUCCUGCUCAUCCACCAUGCCGUCUUUGAUGGCUGGAGCAUGAGCCUGAUGCUCGAGACCUUGCAGACCCUGUACGAUGGUGGCAGUGCGCCUGUACUGGAGCCAUGUUCGGCCUUUGUCGAGUACACCAGCCGACCUAACCCCGGUGCCGCCACUUACUGGGCUUCGCAGCUUGAGGGAGCACAGCUUGCAUCGUGGCCGCGCCAGGAACGUGACCGCAUGGCCGAGACGACACAAGUCCUCGAGACCACGAUGGAUCUGCGUCAGUUGAGCAACAAGUCAUCUGUCACCAAGGCCACGCUCCUCCGGGCCGCGUGGGCUUUGGUCCUGGCGAGAUACUGCGACGCCGAUGAUGUGUGCUUUGGUGUUGCCGUGUCUGGUCGCCAGGCUCCGGUUCCUGGAAUCGAGAGAAUGGCCGGCCCUGCAGUCGCUACUGUGCCCGUGAGGGUCAAGAUGGACCAACGGCAAUCUGUAGGCAAUUUCCUGCGGGCUCUGCAGACUCAAGCCACCGACAUGACCGCCUUUGAGCAGUACGGCUUGCAGAACAUUGCCAAGCUGAACGCUGCCGCAAAGGAGGCCUGCGACUUUACGAGCCUGAUGGUUAUUCAGCCUGCCAAGCUCGUAGAGGACAUGAACGGCAGUGGUGGGCUGUUCACGACGACCGGCCUUGACGCCUACAAGGUCGACGGGUCUCUGGACGGCUACUUCAGCUACCCUCUUGUGGUGCAGGCUGUCACGCACGAGAGCUACGUCCAGCUCAUGCUCAUGUAUGACCCUGCCGUGGUGCCGGACAGCCAGGCUGAGGCUCUCUCCCAGCACCUGAACCACACAGCACAGCAGCUCUUUGACGAGGAGCUGCAGCACGAGGCUCUCUCGUCCGUCAGCAUCUCUGGACCCUGGGACCUCGGCCAGGCAAUCGAGUACAACGGCGAGGAUCCUGAACCCCUCCACGCCUGCGUCCACCAGCUGAUCGAGCGCCAGGCCCGUGAGCGACCUGACGCUAUUGCGAUCCGGGCUUGGGAUGCCGAGCUGACGUACGCCGAGUUCAACGCCGCGGCAAACCGUCUGGCUUCCAGAAUUGCCCGAGACGGAGCUGCAGGCGUGGGAGAUUUGGUUCACGUCUGCUUCGAGAAAUCGGCUUGGUUCUUUGUGGCCAUGCUCGCAGUGAACAAGGUCGGCGCCGCCUGGGUGCCGCUCGACCCAGGCCAUCCAGAGCAGAGACAGAAGCAGAUCAUCAGCCAGACGGGCGCGACCCUCAUCCUGGCUUCUGAACUACAAGCUUCAAAGUGCCGCAACCUCGUCGAAAAUGUUCUGGUCGUUUCUGCCGUUCUUGACGACACACUACGCAGCGAGGAGGCGUCAGGGGAUGCCAGCCACAAUUUCGUCUCCGCCGUCACGCCCGAGCACGCCGUGUACGUCCUUUUCACUUCAGGAAGUACAGGUGUGCCCAAGGGUCUCGUGAUGCAGCACGGUGCCGUGUGUGCUAGUCAGACGGCCAUUGCAGCCCGCCUGCAGCUUACGCCCGACGUUCGCAUGCUCCAGUUCGCCUCGUUCGUCUUCGAUCUCUGCAUCGGUGAGAUCGUCGCUCCCCUUAUUACUGGAGCCCAGCUCUGUGUUCCACCAGAUGCCACUCGUCUCAACGGCAUUGAAGAGUACAUUACUACAAUGGACAUCAACUGGGCCUUCCUCACCCCUGCGUUCGCCAGGACGAUCCGCCCACAGGACACGCCGAGCCUCGAGCUGCUGCUGCUUGCUGGCGAGGCAGUCGGCCAGGACAUCCUGGAUACCUGGUUUGGCCAUGUGCGUCUCAUCAACGGCUGGGGCCCUGCCGAGACCUGUGUCUUCAGCACCCUGCAUGAGUGGGAAUCAGCUACAGAGAGCCCCCUCACUGUCGGUAAACCUGUCGGCAGCUUCUGCUGGAUCGUCGACGCAGAGGACCAAAGCAGCCUCGCGCCCAUCGGCUGCGUGGGAGAGGUCGUGAUUCAAGGUCCCACACUGCUCAGGGAGUACCUUGCCGAUCCUGUGCGCACCGAUGCCGCCACAGUUACUCCUCUGCCUUCGUGGGCUCCUCAGCUCGAGAACUGGAACCGCUUCUUCAAGUCUGGUGACUUGGCCGUGUACAACAGCGCCGGCGCCAUCGACUUUAUCAGCCGCAAGGAUACCCAGGUCAAGAUCCGUGGUCUCCGUGUCGAGCUUGGCGAAAUCGAGCACCACCUUCAAGCAGCUACAGAGGGAGUCCAUCGAGUAGUCGUUGAUGUGCUCCGCGAUGGGUCCACGGCGACGCUGGUGGCUUUCCUCUGCUUCACAAGUGAGGUCAAGGUGUCGAGCGGUGGUGAAAAGCACACACCCGAGGCGCUCUUUGCUUCGCUGGACCCAGAGCUCAAGGAGAAGCUGGUUGCCGUUAUUGGCAAGCUUGGAGUUGUACUCCCCAAUUACAUGAUCCCCGGCUUGUUCCUUCCAUGCCAAUACCUUCCCUUCAUCGGAUCGACAAAGGUGGAUCGCAACAGCCUCCGGGCUGCUGCUGCUGCGUUGACGAGGGAGUCCCUGUCUGGAUACACCUUGGUCGGCAGCGACAAGCGGGCCAUGGCCAGCGCUCAAGAGAGCAGCAUGCAGGCAGUCUGGGCCAAUGUCCUCAAGAUCUCGCCAGAGCUCAUUGGCCGCGACGACAGCUUCUUCCGCCUGGGUGGUGAUUCCAUCAGUGCCAUCGCGCUCGUCACUGCGGCUCGCGAGGCAGGGUUCUCCCUGACAGUGCACGACAUCUUUGACGACGCCCGCCUGCUCGCUGUGACGGCCAAGGCCGUGCAGAAUCAACAGGAGGAAGUCUACGACGUUGAGCCCUUCAGCCUGCUUCCGGAUGCCGAUCUGGAGCAUCUGAGAGACGCCGCGGCGCGCGAAUGCAGCCUCGUUUCUAGCCAGGAGAUCGAUGAUGCCUAUCCUUGCUCGUCGCUCCAGGAAGGUCUCAUGGCUCUCUCGGUCAAGCAGCCUGGAUCGUACAUUGCCAAGCUCGUCUACCGCCUGUCUGACAAUGUCGACCUCGAUCGCUUUGAGAAAGCUUGGCAAUCCACCAUCGACCUUUGUGCCAAUCUGCGCACCAGGGUCUUCUGGUACCAGGGGCGGUCUGUCCAGGUUGUGGUUCGUGACGAUGUUCCCACGGACAUGCCACGAUACAACAGCCUCAACGACAUGGUCGAGGCGGCCGGCAAGAUCCAGAUGCAGUACGGAACAUCACUCUGCCGAUAUGCCCUGGCCAAGCAGAGUGACGGGCAAGUCUACUUCAUGGUCAUUGUGCACCAUGCCGUUUUUGAUGGCUGGAGCGUGGGACUGAUCCUUGACGCGCUUCGUGGGUUCUACAACGGCGACGAGGUCCCCGUGCUCGAGCCAUACUCGGGCUUCAUCAACUACACUGCUGGGAUCGACGCCGAUGCUGCGGCUGAUUACUGGCGAGAAGAGCUCGCCGGUGCUCAGCAGUCCUCGUUCCCGGCCGUCUUGGGCGCCCAAGGUGCGGUCGACACCACCGCACUGGGUACCACACAGGUGCUCGAGACCACGAUUCCCAUCCCUCAAAAUGGUGGCUCAUCUAUUACCAAGGCCACGAUCCUGCGUGCCGCCUGGGCCAUUGUGCUCGCGCGUUACUGCGACGCCACGGACGUGUGCUUUGGCACUGCGACCUCUGGACGCCAGGCGCCAGUGCCGGGCAUCACCCAGAUGGCAGGUCCGGCCAUCGCGGCGGUCCCGAUCCGCCUUCAGCUCGAUCGUGCUCAGCCCGUGGCCGAUUUCUUGCAACAUGUCCAAGCGCAGGCCGCAGAAAUGGUCGCCUUCGAGCAGUACGGCUUACAAAACAUUGCGGCGCUCUCCGCAGAAGCCAAGGCUGCCUGCGACCUCACGAGCAUGCUGGUGGUCCAGCCCGCGAAGAUCGUGGCCAACCUGACGGGCGAGGCGGACCAGCUGCUGGUUGCAGACGACACGGCAUACAGCGCCGAGUCGUCCCUGACUGGCUACUUCAACUACCCUCUGCUGCUCGAGGCCGUGCCAUACGAAGACCGCAUCGAGCUUAUGCUUGUGUACAACGCCGACGUGGUGUCCCAGAGUCGCAUGGAUGCUCUCUCUCACCACCUCGGCCAUGUCAUCCAGCAACUCGUCGGCGCCACAAAGACCAGCACCUUGGGAUCCAUCUCUGUGGUUGGGCCAUGGGAUGUAGAGCAGGCCAAGCAGCGCAACGGCGACGCACCCGAGAUCAUCGACAGAUGCCUGCACUCUUUUAUCGCCGAGCACGCGCUCAAAACGCCCGAUGCGGUUGCUAUUGAUGCCUGGGACGGACAACUGACCUACUCGGGCCUCAACGCCGCGGCCGACCGUCUAGCUCAUGAGCUGAUGGAUACAUAUGGCGUGGCGACGGGCGACCUCGUCCACGUGUGCUUUGAGAAAUCCCUCUGGUUCUUCGUGGCGAUUUUCGCCAUUAACAAGGCCGGCGCGGCGUGGGUGCCUCUCGAGCCUAGCCACCCCAUCCAGCGCCAGAGGCAAGUCGUCCAGCAGACCUGUGCGCGGGUGGCGUUGUCGUCCCCGCUGCAGUCUUCGCGGUGCUCAGAGCUGGUAUCCCAGGUUGUCAUCGUUAAUCCAAAGCUCGACGAGCAACUUAUCCAGAAACAUGGCCUGGCUCCCAAACCCGCCGGCUCCGGCGUGAGCUCCGACAAUGCCGCUUACGUCCUCUUCACGUCCGGCAGCACCGGCCUGCCCAAGGGUUUAGUCAUGAGCCACCGCUCGCUGUGUACGAGCCAGACGGAGCUCGUGCGACCCCUCGGCAUGACGAGCCGCGAGCGCAUGCUCCAGUUUGCCUCGUACGUGUUUGACAUGUGCGUUGGUGAGACGGUCGGGGCGAUGCUUGUGGGUGCCCAGCUGUGUGUUCCCGCCGACAGCACGCGGCUGAGCGGUCUCGAGAAGUUCAUCGAGGAUCGCGGCGUCACCUGGGCGUGGUUUACCCCCGCGUUUGCCCGCACGCUGCACCCGUCCAGGAUUCCUGGCCUGAAGCUUAUGGUCCUCGCCGGCGAGGCUGUGACUAGGGAUAUCUUAAGCACCUGGGCUGGUCGUAUCCGGCUGAUUAACGGCUGGGGCCCGGCCGAGACCUGUGUCCUGAGCACGUUCCACGAGUUCACCUCGGCCCACGAGUCGCCCAUGACGAUUGGUCGACCGAUCGGAGGGUUCUGCUGGAUCGUGGAUCCGACAGACCCGGCCCAGCUGGCACCGAUCGGGUGUGUCGGUGAAGUGGUCAUCCAGGGCCCGACUCUGCUGCGCGAGUACCUCGCCGACCCCGUCAAGACGGACGCGGCGGUUCUCAAGUCUGCUCUGCCCUGGGCACCUCAGGGGAACCAGCCGGGCUGGAACCGGGCGUUCAAGUCGGGUGAUCUCUGCGUGUACAAUGGCCACGGCUCGAUUGAUUUCGUGACCCGCAAGGACACGCAGGUCAAGAUCCGCGGCUUGCGGGUCGAGCUGAGCGAGGUCGAGCACUACAUUGAGAAGAACAUGCCCGACCUGAAGACGGUUGUUGUUGAUGUCCUGCGCACCGAGUCGUCGGCCAUGUUGGUCGCCUUCCUCUGCUUCAGCGAUGAGGUGCGCAUGUCGUCUCAGGAUGUUCUUCUGCCGUUGGAGACAGAGCUCAGACAGCAGCUGGUCGGCAUGGUCGGAGCUCUGAAUAUCGCCCUGCCUAACUACAUGAUCCCGACCCUCUUUAUCCCUUGUCGCUAUAUCCCAUCCAUCAGCUCGACCAAGAUCGACAGACGCGGUCUGCGCACGGCAGCAGGCGACUUGCCCCGGGAAGUCUUGGCGAGCUACACUCUCGGCGAGACGGACAAGCGGCCCGUGGAGACCGAGGCGGAAGAGCGCAUGCAGGCUGUCUGGGCUGCUGUGCUCAAGAUCCCGACCACCUCGAUUGGCCGCGACGACAGUUUCCUGCGCAUCGGUGGUGACUCGAUUAGCGCCAUCCAUCUCGUCACGGCUGCGCGGGAGGCCGGAUUCCCACUUACGGUGCAUAACAUCUUCUCCGACCCCCGUCUGUCAUCAGUGACGGCCAAGGCCGUAGCCAACGCGGUUGAGGCUAGCCAGGAGGAGGAAGACGUCAGCGCACAGAGCGCGGCACCUUUUGAGCUGCUUCCUGCCGGACAAGAUGUCGAGCAGAUCAAAGCAGUAAUAUCGGAAGUCUGCCACCUCGAUGGUGGUCUGCAAGAGAUUGAGGACGCAUAUCUUUGCACACCACUGCAGGAGGGUCUCAUGGCCUUGGCCGUGAAGCAGCCCGGCUCCUACAUUGCCAAGCGCGUCUAUGAGCUGCCGUCCUCCGUUGACAUGGAGGCUUUCCGCGCUGCGUGGGAAACAACACUCGUCGAGUGCACAAACCUCCGCACGCGCUUCAUACUUCACCAAGGCGUCUCCGUGCAGGCCGUCAUCCGGGAGCCGCCGACCUGGGAGCAAACUGCCGGUCGGACUUUGGUGGCAACCCUGGAGGCACUCGGCGUCGAGGCCAUGGAGUAUGGAUCGCGCCUGUGCCGCUAUGCCCUUAUCGAAGAGGCCGAUAAGUGGUAUUUUGUGAUCGUCAUGCACCACGCCAUCUUUGACGGAUGGAGCAUGGGACUCGUGAUGGAGAGCCUGUGCAGCCUGUACACUGAUGGUACCGUGCCGUCGGUGGUGCGCUGCGCCGACUUUAUCCGCUACGUGGCCAAUAUCGACCGUGACGCUGCUACCGAGUACUGGCGUGCCGAGCUCGCUGGUGCGCAGAAGCUCGCGUUCGUGCAAGACGACAACAACAACGGUAGCAGCAUCGCGACCCGCAAGCCCCUGACCCAGUCGUUCGAGACUACCGCCACGAUUCCCCGCACGCACGGCAGCGACUCGUCCAUCACCCAGGCGACGGUGCUGCGUGCGGCGUGGGCGCUGGUGCUUGCACGGUACGGGGACACGGCGGACGUGUGCUUCGGCUCGACCGUGUCCGGCCGGCAUGCUCCGGUCGCCGGGGUGGAGCGCAUGGCCGGCCCCGCAGUGGCGACCGUCCCCGUCCGGCUCCGACUGGACCCACUCCAGUCCGUCGCCGACUUCCUCGCCGGUGUCCAGGCCCAGGCCGCCGACAUGGUCGCCUUUGAGCAGUACGGCCUGCAGAACAUUGCCCGCAUCGGCGACGACGUCCGCGCCGCCUGCGACUUUGACAGCCUGCUCAUCGUGCAGCCUGCCGAGGCCGUCGCGGCGCCAUACUCCAGCGUGCUGCGGCAAGUUACUUCGGACUUCGUCAACUCGGCCGAGGCGCUCGAGGGGUACUUCAGCUACCCGAUGGUCCUGGAGGCAAUCACUCAUGCCGACUCUGUCAACUUCCUCAUGACGUAUGAUGCCAACAUCAUUCCCGAGGGUCGCAUGCGUGCCUUGGGCCACCACCUCGAGCACGUCGUUUCCCAGCUCAUGACCAAGCAGGACUCUCUGCUUGCGGACAUCUCGGUUGCAGGUACGUGGGAUCGCGAGACCGCGGCCAGCUGGAACACCGCGGCACCGACCUGGGAUGGGGCGUGCAUCCACGACCUCAUUGCAGAGCAGGUUGCCAAGGUCCCGCAGCGUGAGGCCGUCUUCGCCUGGGACGGCACUCUGACUUAUGCCGAGUUGGAUCGCUACUCGUCCGCCCUGGCUGCCCGGUUGGUGCAAUUGGGUGUGGGCCCCGAGUCCAUGGUGCCCAUUUGUGCCGAGAAGUCGAAAUGGGCGAUCAUGGCCAUGGUCGCUGUGCUCAAGGCCGGCGGUGCCUUUGUGCCUCUUGAUCCUGCCCACCCUGUCGGCCGGCGGAAAGCCCUCAUUGAGCAGGUCCAUGCCGAGGUCCUGCUAGUCUCCGCUGCCACAGCAGGGUCUUGUCACGAUCUUGCCAAGGUGGUGCUUGAAAUCUCCUCGGAAAGCAUGGCUGAUAUUCUGGCUUCGCAUGGCGGCUCGACCGUGGUCGCUUCUGGCGUCACUCCUGCCAGCGCCGCCUACGCGAUUUUCACCUCCGGCUCGACUGGUCUGCCAAAGACCAUUACCGUCGACCACUUGGCCCUGCACGCAAGUAUCACUGCAUUGGCAAAAGCCUUUGAUGUCAACGCUGAUAGUCGCGUGCUGCAAUUCUCCAACUUCAUCUUCGACGUCGCCAUCGGUGAGAUCUUCACUACGCUCACGCACGGCGGCACAGUCUGCGUGCCUGCCGAGGAGGAUCGCCUAAGGUCCAUUUCGCACUUCAUACAGCAGGCCAAGGUGUCGGUCGCGUACCUGACCCCAUCUUUCGCCGAUACAUUCUCUCCCGCAGAUGUCCCGACGCUCAAGACGCUGGUGCUCGGAGGAGAAGCCCCUACACGUCGCAACCUUGACGCCUGGUUCGGCCACCUCCGUCUGAUCAACGGCUACGGACCCGCUGAGGCAUGUGUUUAUGCCACGUCGUACGUGUACCAGUCCCUGGCGGACAAUCCUGCCACCAUUGGACGUGGUCUGAGUGGUGACUGCUGGGUGGUGGAUGUCGAUGACUGCCAAAGCCUGACUCCCAUUGGCUGUAUCGGUGAACUGGUCGUUCAAGGAUACUCGCUUGCCCGCGGGUACGCUGGGAAUGCCGAGGAGACAGCGCGAGUGUUCUUGUCUGAUGUCCAAUGGUUCCAGAGGUCGGCUGGUGACGAGCGCCGGUUUUACAGGACCGGUGAUCUGGUCAAGUACAACUUUGACGGCACCCUCCAGUACCUGGGCAGACGAGAUACUCAGGUGAAACUCCGUGGCCAGCGUAUCGAGUUGAGCGCCAUCGACCACAGCAUCAAGAGCCUGCUGCACGGAGUCCAGCAUGUCGCUGUUGACAUCGUCAAGCAUGGCGGCAGGGAAGCCCUGGCCGCAUUUGUGGCCUUCGAGACCGAGGGUCACGAUGAUGGCGAAGCCGACCGUGAGCCUUGCUUGGUUGCCAUCAGCGAGUCGAUGCGUACCGCCUUCUCAGAUCUCGCGGCGGAACUCGGCGCGUUGCUGCCUGCUUACAUGGUGCCGUCGUACUUUAUUACCCUCGACAGCAUGCCCAUGCAGAAAGCAUCACUCAAGCUCAACCGCUCUGAGCUGAAGGCCAUUGCCAGCGCAAUGACGCAGGAAGAACUGUUAACAUACUCCCUUGCGUCUGCUGACAAGUCGGCUCCCACGACUCCGAUAGAGACACUUCUACAGCUCAUCUGGGCGCAGGUACUGCAUCUCCCCAUUGAGCAGAUCGGUCGUCAUGAUAGCUUCCUGCGCAUCGGUGGCGACUCCAUCAGCGCCAUCCAGAUGGUCACGUCUGCACGCGAGCACAACGUCAGCAUCACUGUGCAGGACGUAUUCAACGACCCACGUCUCUCGGCUGUGGCUCUGAAGGCCAUACUUGAUCUCGAGGCACCAGCUGACAUCCCCGCGCCUUUUGGGUUGCUUCCAACCGCUGAGAUCCUCGAGAUCAAAGAUGCCAUUGUGGCUCAGUGCGCUUUGGCAUCUGCCGCACAGAUCCAAGACGCAUACCCCUGUACGCCUCUGCAAGAGGGUCUGCUUGCACUGUCAGCCAAGCAGCCUGGCUCGUACAUCGCCACCAUGGUGUACCAGCUCGCAUCUGAUGUAGACGUUGGUCGUUUCCAAGCCGCAUGGGAGCAUACUCUCAAUGUAUGCGAGAACUUGCGCUCUCGUAUCGUGCUCUUCAGUGGCACGCCGGUGCAGGCCAUCAUUAGUGAGCCUUUCUCCUGGGAUGAGGCGGUUGGAGAGUCUCUGUCCACUGUGCUGGCAAAUUCCAAGUCGACCCAGAUGCAGUAUGGAAGCAGGCUUUGCAAGUACGCGCUGGCCUCGGAUGAACAUGGAGCGAGAUAUAUCGUUCUGACAUUGCACCAUGCCGUCUUUGAUGGCUGGUCGAUCAACCUGAUGCUCAGCACUCUGCGGGACUCGUACGACAACGGCAGUCCAAAGGCCAUGCUCCAGCCGUACGUGAGCUUCGUGGAUUAUGCCACGCGCAAGACCGACACGGAGGCAUCCUCGCAGUACUGGCAAACACAACUCGAGGGUGCUCAGCGCGCUGCCUUCCCGCAGUCAGAUCACCUUGCCCAAAGCCUUGCAUCGCAAGGCCAGGACCGUAGUGCUGUGCUCAGUGCCUCCAUCCCGAUGCCCGAGCUGGUAGACUCGUCUGUCACUAAGGCCACAGUACUCCGUGCUGCAUGGGGUAUGGUCCUUGCCCGGUAUUGUGACGCAAACGACAUCAGCUUUGGCACCACGGUCUCCGGCCGUCAAGCCCCAGUUGCUGGCAUUGAAAGCAUCACCGGGCCCACGUUGGCCACUGUCCCGGUCCGCGUCCGCCUCGACCGCGAGCAAUCUGUGCAGGCGUAUAUGCGCGGCAUGCAGAGCCAAGCCACCGAGAUGAUCCCGCACGAGCAGUACGGCGUGCAGAACAUCUCGAGGCUCAGCUCGGGCGCCAAGGAGGUCUGCGACUUUGCAAGCUUGAUGAUCAUCCAGCCUGCCCAGGACCUGAGCUUGACGGAUGGACCGGGCUCCCAGCUGCUACUCCCAGCUCAGCUGCCUCAGGAUGCUACCACUGCUGCCACCAGCGGCUAUUUCACCUACCCUCUGGUGCUCCAGCUGCUAAUGCAUUCUGACAAAGUCGACUUGCUGCUGACAUAUGACUCGGCCGUGGUCACGGAGAGCCGCCUGCAAGCGCUCGUCCACCACCUCGGCCGUGCCGUUCAGCUGCUCUCGACCCAGCCCGAGCUUCGCCUAGGUGAGCUUUCGAUCGCUGGGGGGUGGGACCUCCAGCAGGCCACCCAGUGGAACGAGGUUGCCGAUAUGUCCGUCGUUGAUGCCUGUAUGCACGACCUCGUCAGCAAGCAAGUGCUCGAGCACCCAGAACAAGAGGCUAUCUGCUCGUGGGAUGGUACUCUGACCUUCUCUGAGCUUGAGAGACUUUCGGAUAUCGUAGCUAUCGACUUGAUCGCACGGGGGAUCUGCGCAGAGAGCCUGGUCCCGAUCUGCUUCGAGAAGUCUCUGUGGGCGAUUGUCGCCAUGUUCGGAAUCUUGAAGGCCGGAGGCGCGUUUGUGCCCCUGGAUCCGACUCAUCCUCACAGCCGACUUCGCGAGCUGGUGCAGCAGACUGGCUCCAAGCACAUGCUUGUCUCUGCGGUUAUGCUUGAGAACUGUGCGGGCCUCGCCGACCACGUCCACAAGAUUUCAGCACAAACCGCUAGCUCCGCGGAAGACAGCCAGAAGCCGCUUGGAGUCGCAAGACCGCACAACGCGGCCUAUGCCAUCUUCACAUCUGGUUCCACUGGCAAACCCAAGACGAUCGUGGUCAGCCACGCGGCCAUGUCGACAGCCGCAGUGAGGAACGGCGCCGUCCACAAGCUGGGACCCUCCUCUCGCGUCCUGCAGUACUCCAGCUUCGUCUUCGACAUCAGUCUCGGCGAGAUCUUCGAGACCCUGUCCGUCGGCGGUACCGUGUGUAUCCCCUCCGAUGCCACCCGUCUACAGGGCAUCGCCAGUUUCAUGGAGUCGUCGCGCGUCAACGUGGCUAUGUUGACGUCCUCGUUCGUCGCCGUGCUUGAUCCCGAGGACGUCCCGUCCCUCAAGCAUCUCCUUCUCGUCGGUGAAGCACCCACACAGCACGUCGUCGAGACAUGGGUGGACCACGUCGAGCUGGUCAACGCCUACGGCCCCGCGGAAGCGGUUGUUUAUUGCGCCUACCACCGGUAUCUGCAGCGCGACGAGCCGCCCGCGUCCAUCGGCCGCCCGACGUCCGGCCAUUUCUGGGUGGUCGAUCUGGACAAUCGUAACCGCCUAGCUCCCGUGGGUUGCAUCGGUGAGCUCGUCGUGCAAGGCCACGCCAUCGCCAGAGGCUACGCUGGUGACGAGGAGCUGUCGGCGCUAUCCUUUGUCAAGGGUGUCGUAUCGUGGCUGCCCUCGGCUCAGCAGCAAGAGGGCCAGACAUUCUACCGCACUGGUGAUUUGGUCCGGUACAACACAGACGGGUCUCUGGAGUAUCUCGGUCGUCGCGAUAUGCAGGUCAAGCUCCGAGGUCAGCGUAUCGAACUCGGAGCCAUUGAGAGCGCAAUCAAGGAGGCCGGGUCUGGAGCUGAGCAGGUUGCGGUGGACUUGAUCAAGUACGGUGCCCAGGACGCAUUGGUGGCUAUGGUCAAGUUCUCCCAGUCCCAGCCUGGCGAGGAGGGAGAUGGGUUCCUUGCGAAUCCCACAAAAGACGUCAAGGACUCAUUUGCUGCCAUCGCCGAUUAUCUGCGCAUGCACUUGCCUGGCUACAUGGUGCCCUCGUUCUUCGUCCCGUUGCAGAAGGUUCCGUUCCAGACCUCGAUGAAACUGCACAGGUCGAAGCUGCGGGAGGUCGUCAAGGGGCUCACUCAGGAAGAGCUCCGCAGCUACCUGCCCGACAGCGCUCCCAAGGCACAGCCAGAAACAGACCUCGAGGUCCGUCUUAGGGAUACUUGGGCUAAGGCCUUGGGCAUUCCAGCAGAUCAGAUCGGCCGCCAUGACAACUUCCUCCAUGUUGGUGGUGACUCGAUCACGGCCAUCAAGGUCGUCUCUGAACUGCAGCAGCUCGGUCUCACGCUGAGUGUCCAGCAGCUGUUUAACACGCCCGUCCUCUCUGCCCUCGCGCUUGAGGUUGUUGUCGGCGAUCGAGAAGCGGCCAGCUACGCCACAACGCCUUUCUCCCUUUUGCCAUCAGAUACUCUUGACACCCUUCAGAGCGCAAUCGUACAGGAAUGUGGACUCGGCAGUGUGCACGAGAUUGUCGACGCAUAUCCGUGCACGCCCCUGCAGGAAGCUCUCAUGGCCCUGACUGCGCGAGAGCCGGGAUCGUACAUUGCCAGCUUUGUCUACCAGCUCGGCGAGCACAUCUCGGAAGACCAAUUCAAGGCUGCCUGGGAGAGCACUCUCCAGGCAUGCGACGCUCUGCGCACUAGAAUCAUCAACCACAACGGCGUCUCUGUACAAGCCGUCAUUGAGGAGCAGGCAGAGUGGUCAACAUCGUCAUUGUCCUCCAAGUCCGACAACCAGCUUGUGGACUUGAUUGAGUCCAUCAAGGGCAAUGAGAGCUUUCAAUUCGGCACCAGACUUUGCCAUUAUGCAAUGGCCCAGAAUUCGGACGGCACGCGUAGCUUCAUCCUGGUAGUACACCACGCUGUAUUUGACGGCUGGAGCAUGGGCCUCAUCAUGGACAUCCUGGCAAAGAUGUACCAUGGUCACUACAUUGCACCUGUCUCCCCUGUCCGGUAUGCAGACUUUGUCAACUACGCCGCUCAGGCAGACAACGGGGACGCAGAACUCUACUGGAAGACACAGCUCGAUGGCGCGAGAGGUUCUAUUUUCCCGCAAAUCGAUGGCGGCGUCAAGAAUGCGGAAGCCGUCACUCGCGUCCACCGGGCGGUUGUGGAAUCCUCUAUUGCAGACGAGUCCGGUGUGACCAAGGCUACACUGAUUCAAGCUGCCUGGGCCAUCGUCCUUGGAAGAUACUGUGAGACGGAUGACGUGUGCUUCGGCAUGACGGUGUCUGGCCGGCAAGCACCUGUCGCAGGGCUGGACCAAAUGAUCGGUCCAGCCGUGGCUACUGUGCCCCUACGCGUGCGCCUUGCUGCUGCUGCUGCUGCAAGCAACCACGAGGAGAAGAACGCAACCACAGCCGGUGAUUUCCUCCGCGGACUGCAAUCGCAGGUGCUCGACAUGAUCCCGCACGAGCAGUAUGGUAUGCAGCGCAUCUCGAAGCUCGGAGCUGAUGCAAAGCAGGCAUCCGAGUUCACCUCGCUGCUCAUCGUGCAGCCUGCGAGCAGUGGUGUCGAUGCCACAUCUGCUGAUGAGAUUGCGGACUGGACUGCCGUGAAUCCAGAGGCUUAUGGAUCCCAAGCCGCACUGGAGGCCUCAUACAACUACCCUCUGGUGUUGCAGGCCCUCACUUCCACAGACACGACCGAGUUCGUCAUCACCUACGACUCCAACGUGCUCUGUGAGGACCGGAUAAAAGCCUUGGAGCAGCACCUUGGCAACGUGUUGCAGCAGUUGCUCAGCCAGUCGUCUGCGCCGUUGAGUGAGAUAUCUGUUGCUGGUGCUUGGGAUCUCCAGCAGGCCCAAGCCUGGCAGACUCCUCUACCUGAGCAGAUUGAGACCUGCCUACAUGACAUGAUCUCUGGACAUGCAAAGGCAUCACCAUCCCACGAGGCGGUGUACUCUUGGGACGGCAGUCUCAGCUAUGCCAGGUUGGAAGAGCUCUCUAGCACCCUGGCAGCCACUCUGGUCCGCCUUGGUGUUCAGAGCGAGACUGUUGUGCCUAUUUGCUUUGAAAAGUCAGUAUGGGCGAUCGUCGCCAUGCUUGCCGUUCUGAAGGCUGGCGGCGCAUUCACCCCAAUUGACCCUGAGCAUCCAGCGGGACGUCGCGAGACCCUGCUGCGGGAGUGCAAGGCUUCAGUCGUUCUCGCUUCGCCAUCCACCGCAGGCCUGUUUGCAGGGCUGAGCGAGUCAAUCAUUGAAGUCUCCGCUUCGAACCUUGAGAAGCUCCUGGUCUCAUCUACGGAGAUGCCGCUGAGCCGUAGGGUCUCUCCAACAGAUGCCGCGUACGUCAUCUUCACCUCCGGCUCGACAGGUGUUCCCAAGUCGGUCCUGGUCGAGCAUUCAGCCUUCUCGACCAGUAUCAUCGCCCAAGGCAACGCAUACUCGGUGGGCCCGACCUCUCGGGUUCUGCAGUUCUCCAACUUUGUCUUUGAUGUGUCCAUUGCCGACAUCUUCAUGGCAUUGGCGCUCGGAGGCACCAUCUGCAUUCCGUCGGAAGGCGACCGCCGACAGGGCAUCGCCGACUUCAUGUGCCGAGCUGGUGUCACCACCGCGCAGCUAACGCCGUCAUUUAUCAAGACGUUCACUCCCGCCGAUGUGCCCACACUUCGUACGCUGGUGAUUGGUGGUGAGCCAGCAACUCGGCAGACCCUGGAGACUUGGUGCCACCAGGUCGAGCUCAUCAACGCCUAUGGCCCAGCCGAGUCGACAAUCUGCUGCGCGUGCCAUCCAUACACGUCUGCUCAGGACUCUCCCACGAAUAUUGGCAAGGGCACCACUGCUACUUGCUGGGUCGUGGAGCCCGAGGACGACACCCGUCUGGCCCCCAUUGGUUGUGUUGGUGAGCUGCUUGUCCAGGGCAACUCGCUGGCCCGAGGCUAUGCCAACGACGCCGCUGCCACGAAGCGUGCAUUUAUUGAUAGCGUCGACUGGCUGUCCGCUUCGGAGCAGCAGGGCCAGCGUGUAUACAAGACAGGCGAUCUUGUUCGAUACAACUUUGACGGCACGAUGGAGUACAUUGGCCGUAAAGACACCCAGGUCAAACUCCACGGCCAGCGAAUCGAGCUCGGCGCCAUUGAGCACGCCCUGAAACACGCCGAGCCAACUAUCACUCAUGUCGCCGUCAGCGUCGUCAAGAGCUCAUCCUCGUCAUCGGCCUCGUCUGAGUGGCUGAUGGCUCUUUUCCAUCUCGACGAUGCGUCCCUGUACCAGGACAUGUUUGAGAGUGAGAACAUUGUGCCCAUGACGGACUCAUUGCGCGAGCUGGUCGCGAGCAUGGUCGACGAGCUGAAGCGCAGUCUGCCCGGGUACAUGAUCCCGACUUACUUUGUCCCGCUGAAGAAAAUGCCAUUCCAAGCCUCCAUGAAGCUGGACCGCUCGCAGCUUCAGCGUAUCGGAAAUAACCUCCUCGGCUCCCAGGAACAGCUGCUCAGCUAUACCCUGGCGCAGGGCAAGAAGGUCGCGCCCAUUAACGACAUUGAGUUCAAGAUGCGAGACAUCUGGGCUCAGCUCUUGGGCUCUGAUGCCGAGCUCAUUGGUCGUGACGAUAGCUUCUUACAGAUCGGCGGUGACUCCAUCAGCGCCAUCCACUUGGUGACGAUGGCGCGUGAUGCGGGCUUCUCCCUGACAGUGCAGGACAUCUUCGACGACCCUCGACUGCACGCCAUUGCAGCACUUGCGGCCACAGGGUCGGAGCUGCAGACGUACAGUGUUGACAAGUUCGACCUGGUUCCAUCAGACCAAGUCUCAAACAUCUGUGCAUUCGUCCGCCGCGAGUGCCAGCUUGCAGAGUUGGAAACCAUCGACGAUGUCUACCCUUGUACUGCCCUGCAGGAAGGCUUGAUGUCGCUUGCAGUGCGCCACCCGGGCUCGUACCUAGCCAAGCACGUGUACAGACUGCCCCAGGACGUCAACGUCGAGCGAUUCAAGAGCGCCUGGGAGGAGACGCUGCAACUCUGCGCCAACUUGCGGACGCGCAUCGUCUCAUACUCUGGCACUUCCCUCCAGGCUGUCAUCAACGAGCCUUCCAAGUGGGAGGUCACUGCCGAGAUGUCUGACAUCGGAACUGCACUGCAGAUGUUCGACUCCAUGGAGAUGCACUACGGAUCCCGUCUCUGUCGGUACGCCCUCGUCACCGAAGGUUCUGGCGUCCACUACUUCAUCCUCACUGCCCACCACGCCGUCUUCGAUGGCUGGAGCAUGGACCUAACGCUCAAGAUGCUCCAGCAGCUUUAUCAAGGCCAGCAGCCCGCCGCCCCACUGGAGCCAUUCUCAAGCUUUGUCAAGUAUACCACUGUGCUUGAUCAAGAUGCCGCGGCCGCAUACUGGGAGAAACAGCUCGAAGGAGCUCAGCGUGCUCCAUUCCCCGAGAGCGGCCCCGUGCAGACGACAACAGAUGGCUCCAAGGGAGCAACCACACGGGCCUGGGAGAGCUCAAUCCCGUUCCCACGGCUCAAGAGCAAGAGCAGCAGUAGCUCCAUCACCAACGCUACAAUCUUCAAGGCAGCCUGGGCUGUGGUGCUCGCACGGUACUGCGAGACUGACGAUGUCGCCUUUGGCAGCACUCUGUCCGGUCGACAAGCCCCAGUUGGGGCCAUCGAGAGCAUGGCUGGUCCAACACUGGCGACGGUGCCGGUACGCGUGCGCCUCGACAAGCAAAAGACUGUUGCCGCGUUCCUCCAAGAUCUGCAGGCCCAAGCUGCCGAAAUGACAACCCAUGAGCAGUUUGGUAUCCGCAACAUUGCCAGGCUGAGCCGCAGCGCAAAGGAGGCGUGCGACUUUUCCAGUCUCCUCACCAUCCAGGCCGGCAGGGCGGUGGCGUCCCAGCUCACACCCGAGGAGUCGGCCAUGCUCCAGCCCGUCAGUGCCGAGGAGUGUGGCGACGGCGAGUCGUCGUUCCGCGGAUACUUCAACUACCCGCUCGUGGUACAGGCGGUGCUCUACGACGAUAGAGUGACGCUUCUUGUUACUUACGACACGACCGUGCUUGGGGUGGAUCGCCUCGAGUCCAUGGCGAGCCACCUUGGCAACGUCAUCCAGCAGAUCCUGACCAAGGACGACGACAAGGAGCUGCUGGGCAGUAUCUCUGUUGCGGGAUCAUGGGACCUCGAGCGCGCCAUCGGCUGGAACGACGACAAUGAUAACACAAAGACGGUUGUCAGCGCUUGUGUCCAUGAACUCAUUGCCGCCCAGGCCGCAACACAAGCACCAGAGCACCCGGCUAUCCAUGCCUGGGAUGGUGUGCUGACAUAUGCCGAGCUCGACAGCAUGUCGGACAUACUCGCUGCUUACCUCGUCCAAAUUGCCGGUGUCGGGCCGGAGGUUAUGGUACCCAUGUGCUUUGAGAAGUCCAAGUGGGCAUUUGUUGCCAUGCUGGCUAUUCUAAAGGCUGGCGGCGCAUUCGUCCCCGUUGACCCAGCCAACUCUGUCGAGCGUAGACAGGCACUCGUACAGCAAGUGGACGCCCGCGUAGUCCUCGCUUCGAGGCAGAACAUGGUUUCUUGCGAGGGCAUCGCCGAAUGUGUUGUAGAGUUGUCGGAUAAGACAUUUGCCGCCCUGGCGGCGCUGCCCAAUGGCAACAACGACCUGAAGCCAGUCGCUGUGACCGCCGAGAACGCAGCGUACGCCAUCUUCACUUCCGGAUCGACCGGCCAACCCAAGACAAUCGUGGUCGACCACAAGGCGUUGUGCACGAGCAUUAGCGCGCAGGCCUCCGCCUUUUCCAUCACUUCGGAGUCCCGCGUGCUGCAAUUCUCGAACUUCGUGUUCGACGUCUCACUUGGAGAGAUAUAUACGACACUGGCUUUUGGUGGCACGGUGUGUGUUCCCUCAGACCAGGAUCGUCUCUCUGACAUUGCCGGCUUUAUCCAGCGAACGGAGGUCACGAACGCGUACCUCACGCCUUCGUUCGCAAAGACCUUCAACCCUGCCGACGUCCCCUCCUUGAAGACGCUUGUCUUGGGUGGUGAGGCGCCAACCCAGGAAAGUCUCGACACCUGGCAGGGACGCGUGCGGCUCAUCAAUGGCUACGGGCCAGCCGAGGCCGUUAUUUAUGCCACUCACCAUGUCUACUCGAGUGAGAGGCAAGGCAGUGGGGAGGCCGCUGCCACGAUAGGCAAGGCUCUGAGUGGCAUCUACUGGGUCGUUGACGCGGACAAUCACAACAGUCUUGCUCCGAUCGGAUGCAUUGGCGAGCUUGUUGUCCAGGGCCACGCCAUAGCUCGCGGGUAUGCUAACAACAAGGAGCUCACUGCUCAGUCUUUCCCGACCGAGCUGGAAUGGCUCCCGGCUUCGCAGGUCGGUCAGGGUCAUAGAUUUUACAAGACUGGUGACCUCGUCAGAUAUCUGCCCAACUCAGGCGGCGUGCUCGAGUACCUCGGACGCAAAGAUACCCAGGUGAAGCUUCGCGGCCAGCGGAUUGAGCUUGGCGCCGUGGAGCACGAGAUCAAGGCUGCGCUCAGCCAGACUACUGGCUCCGCGCACGUGGCUGUCGAUAUCAUCCGCCAUGGCACCCAGGAACAACUUGUCGCCAUGGUGGGUUUGAGCAUGCACGACGAAGACAAGAAGCAGAACAAGGCUGGCGAGCCGCUCGUUGAGAUGAGUGAGGAGUUGCAACAGCUCUUCUCCGGCGUCGUCGAGAAGCUCAAGCACGCCCUGCCGACGUACAUGGUGCCGACCUUCUUCUUGCCCAUGCGCGACAUGCCCUUCCAGACGUCACUCAAGCUGGACCGCGGCAAGCUCCGCACUUUUUCCCACGCGCUCUCGCAAGAAACUCUCAUCGCGUACUCCCUGGCUUCAUCUACAAUCAAGGCCGAGCCCGUCACGGAAGCCGAGCACCGAGUCAGAGAUGUCUGGGCAAGCGUUCUCGGAUUGUCGCCGAAUCUCAUUGGCAGGCAUGACAGUUUCCUGCAAAUUGGCGGUGACUCCAUCAGCGCAAUCCACGUCACUUCGCAGUUGCGGACGCUUGGGUACAGCAUUGCCGUGCACGACAUCUUCCUGGAUCCCAGCCUCCAGGCUGUGGCCGCUAGAGCUGAGGCCGGUGCCGGUGCCGACUUGUCUGAUUCCGACUAUUCCACGGAGGUCUUCUCUCUACUGGCUCCGUCAGAGCUUGACUAUAUUCGAGAGGCUAUUUGUGAGCAGUGCGAUGUCACCAACAGUCAGAUCGAGGAUGCAUACCCCUGCACAUCGUUCCAGGAAGGCUUGAUGGCCCUGGCGAUCAAGCAGCCUGGAUCCUACAUUGCAAAACAUAUUUACAAGCUCUCGGACUCGGCCGACCAAGAUGCAUUCAAGUCUGCGUGGGAACAGACCCUCGAGGCCUGCUCCAUUCUCCGCACUCGCAUCAUCCUCCAUGGCGACCUUUCUGUCCAAGCCGUCAUUGCCGCAGAAGCCCCUGCCUGGGAGGAAGACGCCAGCCAUGACCUUGCGGCAACGCUAGCGCGCGAUGUGCAGAUGCAAUACGGUACUCCGUUGUGUCGCUAUGCGCUCGUCUCGGACAAGGCGGCUGGCACACGGUACUUUGUGCUCCAUGUUCACCACGCCGCUUUUGACGGGUGGAGCUUGGGUAUCAUGCUGGAGACGUUGAACAAGAUCUAUUACGGCACCACACUUGAUGCCCCAACACCCUAUUCGAGCUUCGUCAAGUAUAUCACCACCAUUGACUCGGCUGCCGCAGGCGAGUACUGGAGAUCUCAGCUCGAGGGAGCGCAGCGCGCGUCGUUCCCCGCCGUGGACCGUGUCGUCAAGGGAGCAGCAGCACAGGCAUCCCAGGUCCACGAGGCUGUUAUCCCACUGUCUGUCAACAAAGACGGGGAGAAGGGCAGUUCCUUCACCCAAGCGACGGUUCUACGCGCCGCGUGGGCCAUUGUGCUCGCAAAAUACAGCGACACUAGAGAUGUGUGCUUCGGGUCUUCCAUCUCUGGCCGACACGCCUCCGUUGACGGUGUCGAGCGCAUGGUUGGCCCGGCGGUCGCCACCGUCCCAGUCCGUGUGAAUCUCGACGGCCACGACUCGGUAGCCGACCUGCUCAGCAAUAUCCAGCUGCAGUCCUCUGAGAUGGUGGCUUACGAGCAGUACGGCCUCCAGAGGAUCGCUAAGCUUGGCCCUGAUGCGAAACAGGCCUGUGACUUUGGCAGCUUACUGGUCGUUCAGCCGGCCCAACUGGUCAACGAGAUGGCUGGCACGGACGAUGCCUUGCUGGUAGGCGCGUCGGAUGCACCCAACGCGGGCGAGACUUUUGCUGGCUAUUUCACCUACCCGCUCGUCCUUCAGGCCAUUACUUACCCAGACCACAUCCAUCUGGCCACUACCUACAAUCCCAACGUCGUGCCGGAGAGUCGUGCACUUGCGAUGUCUCACCACUUGGAGCAUGUCGUUGGACAGCUCCUAGAUGCGAGCCGGACCGCAGAGUCGCCAGUGUCGAGUAUCUCCGUAGCGGGCCCCUGGGAUCUCGAGCAGGCACUUGCCCUGAAUAAUCCCGACGCGCCGCCAGAGAUCGUCGAUUCUUGCUUCCACCGUCUCUUUGCGGCACAGGCUCGCAUCCGGCCACACAAACUCGCCAUCAGGGCGUGGGAUGGCGAGCUCACCUACUCGCAGCUCAAUGCGGCUGCGAACCGUCUGGCGAGAAAGCUCAUGCACGACUCGGUCCGCACCGGCGACCUCGUGCAUGUGUGUUUCGAAAAAUCGAUGUGGUUCUUUGUCUCCAUCCUCGCCAUCAACAAGGCUGGAGCAGCCUGGGUCCCUUUCGACCCGGCCCAUCCUCUCCAACGCCAGCAGCAGGUUGUCCAGCAGACAAAAGCACGACUCGCACUUGCAUCGUCGACCCAGGCGGCGCGAUGUGCCGAGCUAGUCCAAGAUGUGCUUGUUGUCUCGCCGGACCUGGACGCAGCACUGUCCGCCCAGUCGGGUGAGUUCGUCGACGAUGCGGCUGAUGUUGAGGCUGCCGAUGUGACGCCCGAGAACGCCGUCUAUGUCCUUUUCACUUCGGGCAGUACCGGUACCCCCAAAGGUCUCGUCAUGCAGCACCGCGCUCUCUGCACCAGCCAGACCGAUGCCGUCAAGCGACUCCGCCUGACUUCCGACGUGCGGAUGCUGCAGUUUGCCUCGUACGUGUUCGACAUGAGCGUCGGAGAGACUAUUGCCCCGCUGAUCUGUGGCGCGCAACUCUGCGUUCCUCCGGACUCAGCGAGACUGAGCGGUAUCGACAGCUUUAUUCGCGACAUGGACAUUAACUGGAUAUACCUGACCCCAGCAUUUGCCCGCACGCUCAAGCCGAGCGAUGUCCCGAAUCUGGAAUUGCUGCUGCUGGCCGGUGAGGCUGUCGGUCGCGAUAUCCUCGAGACGUGGUUCGGCAAGGUUAGACUCGUGAAUGGCUGGGGACCCGCAGAGACUUGUAUCUUUAGUACUCUGCAUGAGUGGAGGUCCCUAGACGAGUCGUCCUUGACCGUCGGUCGUCCCGUCGGCGGCAAAUGUUGGAUCGUGGAUCCGGAAGAUCCUCAGCAGCUGGCACCCAUCGGGUGUGUUGGCGAAGUUAUCAUCCAAAGUCCGACCAUCCUGCGGGAAUAUUUGGCUGACCCAGAAAAGACUGCCGCUUCCAUGGUCGCGCAGCCUCCGCCCUGGGCUCCCCAACGGAAAGAUGGUGCCCCGUGGACAUGGCAGCGCUUCUUCAAGUCUGGCGACUUGUGUGUCUACAACAGCAAGGGCGAGAUCGACUUUGUCUCCCGCAAGGACACUCAAGUCAAGAUUCGUGGCCUGCGCGUGGAGCUGAGCGAAGUCGAGCACCACCUCCAGCUCGCGCUCGCAGGCGUCGCUCAACAGGUUGUCGUCGACGUCUUGCGCGAUGGCAGCUCCAGCACUUUGACAGCGUUUUUCUGCCCUACUGAGAAGACGCAAAUGUCUAGUGACGGCUCACAUGAUCCAGAUCAGCUAUUCACCGCGCUCACGCCAAAGCUGAAGAGCCGCCUGGCCGUUGCAGUCAGUCAGCUUGAGACAGCGCUGCCGAGUUAUAUGGUCCCGACCCUCUUUGUCCCCUGCGAGUACUUUCCCUCAAUCACAUCCACCAAGAUCGACCGUGGUGGGCUGCGCCGCACGCUCUCUGCGGUCUCGAGAGAACGGCUGGUGGACUUCACCCUCGCCAACGCAGAGAAGGAGGCAGUCUCGACUCCUACCGAAGGUCUCCUCCAACAGCUGUGGGCCUCUGUCCUGAGGAUCCCACAGGAGUCGAUCGGUCGCCAUGACAGCUUCCUCCAGCUCGGCGGCGACUCAAUCUCGGCAAUCCAGCUCGUGACCGCGGCUCGCAUCAUCGGGCUAUCGCUAUCAGUCCACGACAUUUUCAGAGAUCCUCGCCUCUCAUCGCUUGCAUUGGGCGCUGCCGCACUCGGCGAGGAGGCUGGAAAUGAGGUGUCUUACCACGUUGAGCCCUUCAGCCUGCUCUCUCCCGCUCAGCUUGACGAGGUCCGCACCGUUGCUGUGAAGGAGUGUGCCCUGGAAGAUCUGUCGCAGAUCGAGGAUGCAUUCCCCUGCACCUCCCUACAAGAAGGCUUGCUUGUCUUGAGCAUCAAGCAGCCCGGAUCGUACAUCGCCAAGCACGUAUACAGACUUGGUGACAAUGUCAGCACCGAACGGUUCCAAGAGGCAUGGGGACAGACAGUACAGGCUUGCGCCAACUUGCGGACUCGUAUCGUCACUGCAGGCUCUGUUACGGCUCAGAUCGUCCUGCAAGAACAAGCACAAUGGGACGCUGAUGAGACCACCGACUUGUCCACGGUUCUAUCUAGGAUCAAAGACAUCACGAUGGAGAGUGGCUCGCGUCUCAGCCGCUUCGCCUUGGCUUCUGACGCGGCCGGAGCGCGAUAUUUUGUGCUCGUGGCGCACCAUGCAAUCUUUGACGGCUGGAGCUUGGGAGUCAUGAUGCAGCUCCUCGAGGAUGCCUACAAGGGAUUUUCGCUGCCCACCAUGGAGCCCUUCACAAGCUUUGUCAACUUCACAACCCAGAUUGAUGUCUCCGCAGCGACUGAAUUCUGGAGAAGCCAGCUCGAGGGCGCGCAGAAGGCAGUCUUCCCGGAACAGGAUGGCGUGUCCGGCACAGAAGCUUCUACUCGUGUGUUCAAGCAGACCAUUGCGUUCGAGCAGUCACACGACACGUCCAUCACGCAAGCCACAAUUUUGCGCACCGCUUGGGCACUGCUGCUGGCCAACUAUUGCAACACGGAUGACGUCUGCUUCGGCACGACGGUGUCCGGCCGCCACGCGCCUGUCGCUGGCGUCGAGAGCAUGGCCGGCCCAACGGUUGCUACCGUGCCCGUGCGCGUGCGUCUGGAUCGACAAGGCAGUAGCAGCAUCAGGGAGACACUCGAGGCUGUCCAGGCACAGGCUGCGGAAAUGGUCGAGUACGAGCAGUUUGGUCUCCAGAAGAUCGCCAGGAUCAACGAGGACGCCAAGUUUGUCUGUGACUUCUCCUCGCUCCUGAUCAUCCAACCUGUCAACUCGUGGAUGAAUCAGGAGGGAUCUGGCCGCGAUGGGUGCCUCCUGCCAGCAGGCGAAGCGGUGUACGGUCAUGAUGAGGCACUUGAUGGCUAUUUCAGCUACCCGCUUGUUGUGCAGGCAGCUCCUUCUAGCGACCGCAUCGAACUGCACUUCACUUACAACGACUCAGUCAUUUCCGAGGCCCGCCUGCGCGCAGUCGCUCACCACCUCGGUCACCUUGUACAGCAGCUUCAGUCGUUGAGUGAUGCGCCCCUGGGCACCAUCUCAGUCUCAGGUUCCUGGGAUCUCCAGAAAGCCAUGGAGUGGCAAGAGGCCGAUACUGGUCUCGUCAAUGAGUGUAUCCACACUCUGAUUGGCCAGCAGGUGGCCGUGAAUCCGGACCGUGAGGCAGUCUCCGCCUGGGAUGGCAGUCUCACUUAUUCGCAGCUGGACGAGCUCUCGUCUACGCUGGCGGCCCACCUCAUUGAGCAGGGUGUGGGCAGGGAGGUCCUGGUGCCGAUCUGCUUCGAGAAGUCCCAGUGGGCCAUUGUGGCCAUGAUGGGUAUCUUGAAAGCGGGUGGUGCCUUUGUUCCUCUCGACCCCAGCCAUUCCGUCGCCCGACACGCCACACUGAUCGAAGAGACGCGAGCUUCACUCAUGCUCGUGUCUUCGGCGUUGGCUGAUCGCUGCCAGGACCUGGCGAAGAAUGUCAUUGAGUUGUCGGCCUUAACCAUCACCACAUUCGCCAAGACACAGUCGACAUUGGUGGAAACACAAGCGCAGCCUACGGACGCUGCUUACGCGAUUUUCACUUCGGGAACUACUGGCAAACCCAAGACUAUCGUUGUUGAACACGCCGGUUUGUCUACCAGCGUCGUUGGCCAGGCUAGAAAAUUUUCCAUCGACAAGGAUUCGAGAGCACUGCAAUUUUCGAGCUUCGUCUUUGACGUGUCAAUCGCGGAGAUCUUCACCACCCUCAUUUGUGGUGGAGCUGUCUGCAUUCCGUCCGAACAGGACAGACUUCAAGACCUUCCCGGAUUCAUUACCCGCAGCCGAGUCUCCGUGGCAUACCUGACCCCGACAGUUGCCGCGUUGUUCGGCCCCGAUGACGUGCCUUCGCUCAAGACGCUGGUGCUUGGAGGAGAAGCUCCCACCAGCCAGAGCUUGUCAACCUGGUACGGAAGGGUACACCUGAUCAACGGCUACGGACCCGCAGAGGCCGUUGUGUACACUGCCUCCCACGUCUUCAGAGCCGCCACUGAGUCCCCGUCUACCAUCGGAGGGGGCAUCAGCGAGAACUGCUGGAUCGUUGACCCGGCUGACCACAAUAUCCUAGCGCCUGUCGGAUGCAUAGGCGAGCUGCUCGUGCAGGGUUUCUCGCUGGCCAGAGGUUACGCCAACGACGAGGAAGCUACAUACCGCGUAUUCCUCAACGCUGUAGCAUGGUGUCCAUCAGAGCUGCUUAGUGGCUCGGCUAAGGGGCAGCGCUUCUACAAGACGGGCGAUCUGGCAAGAUACUGUGCCGAGGAUGGAACGAUUGAGUAUCUUGGCCGCAAGGACAGGCAGGUCAAGCUCCGCGGCCAGCGUCUGGAGCUGAGUGCUAUCGAGCACUGUAUCGAGCAGGCGAAGACUGCGGAGAUUGAGCAUGUCGCUGUGGAUCUUUUGGUUCAGGACUCGCGCGAGUUUCUUGUCGCCCUGGUCCAGUUCCAUGGCGGAGACUCCUCGCCCGCCCUCAACGACGACAACAUUAUGCCAAUGAGCGCAGAUCUGCGCGAUGUGUUCUCGUCGCUGUCGGAAGAAUUGACCUUGCAUCUGCCGCCUUAUAUGGUUCCGACGAUAUUCCUCCCGCUGCGUAGCAUGCCAUAUCAGACAUCUAUGAAGCUGGACCGUACGAAGCUUCGUGAAAUCAUGGGCAGCCUGAGUCGAGACCAGAUGCUGGGCUACUCGCUCGCGGACAGCAGGAAGGUUGCGCCAGUCACCAUCACGGAGACGACACUGCAAGGAGUCUGGGCCUCGAUCCUGAAGACCACACCGGAGCAGAUUGGGCGCCAUGACAGUUUCCUCCAGAUUGGAGGUGACUCAAUCACUGCGAUCCAGAUGGUCACUGCAGCGCGCGAGGCGGGCUUGCAGCUUACUGUUCAGGACGUAUUCGCGGAUCCCAGGCUCCUUGCGGUCGCAUCAAGAGCCAAGGCAGUCGAGUCUGAUAUGACACGGGCUAGUCUCGCGCCAUUCUCGCUCAUUGCCGACGGCGAUGCAGUUGAUACCCAAUCCUACAUCGCCAGCAAAUGUAACAUCGCUGUUCCGACUCUGGUUGAGAAUGCCUACCCUUGUACAUCGCUGCAGGAAGGCCUUAUGGCCUUGUCAGUCAAGCAGACAGGAUCGUACAUCGCGAAGCAGGUAUACCGUCUCGCGAAAGACGUCGACCUCGAGCGGUUCAAGACAGCUUGGGAGAACACUCUGGCCAUCUGCGAGAACCUCCGUACCCGUAUUGUCGUUCGUGAUGGUGUCUCGAUCCAGGCCGUCAUCAACGGCCAGACAACUUGGGAACCUACGGACGGCAUGACUCUCACUGAAGCUAUGAAGUCAUUCACAGCUAUCGACAUGCAGUAUGGGACUCCGCUGUGUCGAUAUGCCCUUGUGGCUGAGAAGGAAGGCCCGUGCCACUUCGUCCUGAUCAUGCACCACGCCGUAUUUGACGGCUGGAGCAUGGGCCUUACGCUGGAGACGCUCUACAGCAUGUACAACGAUCAACCAGUCCCUCCCGUUGAGCCUUACGCGGCGUUCGUGUCCUUCACCAGCCAGCUUGAUGCUGGCACCGCAGCCGAGUUCUGGACAUCUGAACUCGAAGGCGCGCAGAGAUCUGCAUGGCCCGCUCCUGAUACCAGUCGUGGAGAGGCCAAACCUCUGACCAAGGUUCUCAAGAAGUCAUUUGCCGUUUCACAGGGACAACAGUCGACUUCUUCAAUUACAAAGGCCACCAUUCUCCGUGCUGCGUGGGCACUGGUCCUGGCUCGCUACUGCGAUACCACAGACGUCUGCUUUGGCACAACGGUUUCGGGUCGCCAGGCCGCGCUCGCAGGCGUGGAACGCAUGGUCGGUCCCACAGUGGCUACGGUGCCCGUGCGUGUCAAGACCGAUAGUCGCCAGCAACUUGGCGAUUUCUUGCGCAAGACUCAGGCGCAGGCUACGGACAUGGUUGCCCACGAGCAGUUUGGUAUACGGAACAUCAGCCGGUUGAGCCCGGAUGCCAAGGCAGCCUGCGACUUCGGCAGUCUCCUCAUUAUCCAGCCCGGAAAGCCCAUCGCGGCCAGCAUCGAUGCCGAGCAUGCUGAGAUUCUCCUGCCUGCUGAGCUUGACGAGGCAGGUCUCUCGUCCGAGCCGAUGGACGGCUACUUCAACUACCCGCUCGUUCUGCAAAUGACGACGCACGAUGACCACGUCGGCAUGGAUAUUACCUUCGACGCCAACAUCCUUUCUGAGGACGCCGUACAGGCUCUGACUGUACACAUGGAUCACGUGGUCCAGCAGCUCAUGGCCGGUGACACUGCUACUGAUGUCUGUACGAUCUCGGUCUCGGGACCCUGGGACCUCAAGCAGUCUAUGCUCUGGAACCCUGCCGACGAAGAUAUCGCAGUUGUGAACCAGUGCAUCCACGAUCUCAUUGCGGUCCAGGCCUUGCAAGCCCCGCAGAGCGAGGCUAUCACUGCUUGGGACGGCAAAAUGACUUAUGAAGAGCUCGACGAUAUCUCCGGACGAUUUGCAGCACAACUCAUCCAGGCCGGCGUGGGACCCGAGGUCCUGGUCCCGAUCUGCUUCGAGAAAUCUCUCUGGGCGGUCGUGGCUAUGCUGGCCGUCCUCAAGGCGGGUGGUGCCUUUGUGCCCAUCGAUCCCGCGUACCCUCCUCAGAGGCGCGAGUCUCUGCUUGAGGAGACGCGGGCUCGCAUGGUUAUUACCUCACCCGCGAAUGCCGCCCUAUUCAGUGAUGUGUCGCUGCCUAUUCUCGGGCUCUCGCCAGAUUCCGCACAGGUUCUGGACGACGUUGUCCCCAAUCCUACGCAGGUCCAGUCAGCUGUGAUGCCUAGCAAUGCUGCCUAUGCCAUCUUCACAUCGGGUUCGACUGGAAAGCCCAAGACAAUUGUUAUGGAGCAUUCUGCGCUCUGCACGAGCGUCGUCCGCAACGGCGCCAUCCACGACAUGGGCAAGCAGUCUCGCGUGCUGCAGUACUCGAGCUUCGUCUUCGACAUCAGUCUCGGUGAGAUCUUCGAGACCCUUGCCUGCGGAGGCGUGGUGUGCAUGCCCUCAGAGAGCCAGCGCCUCAAUGUGCAAGAGCUUGCAAUGUUUAUGCACGACACCCAGGUCAGCAUUGCCAUGUUGACAGCCUCAUUUCUGGCGACCUUGAAGCCUUCAGACGUGCCCGCACUGCAGAAGCUCUUCAUGGUCGGCGAGGUCCCGACAAAGGAGGCUGUCCAGACCUGGGCGGAGCACGUGGAGCUCAGAAACGCGUACGGACCAGCAGAGGCCUGCAUUUACUGUGCAUCGCACACCUACCGCACACGGGAGGCCGCGGCCUCCGGUAUUGGAUCCGGCUCGUCGCUGAAGCUCUGGGUUAUGGAUACUGCAGGCUCUGCUUCCUCACGCCAGCGCCUGGCGCCUGUCGGAUGUGUUGGUGAGCUCGUCGUCCAGGGCCACGCCAUAGCUCGUGGCUAUGCCAACAACGAAGCCGAGACCUCGAGAGUGUUCCUGGACUCCGUCGACUUCCUCCCGGGCCAGGCCGCAUCAAACGGUCGUUUCUACCGCACGGGUGAUUUAGUGCGCCAGAAGUUUGACGGCUCCCUUGAAUACCUGGGCCGAAAGGACACGCAGGUCAAGCUGCGUGGCCAACGUGUCGAGCUGGGUGCUAUUGAGCACGUCAUCAAGGCAUCGUCGUGCCGGGUUGAGCACGCUGCCGUCGAUCUUGUCAAGCAGGGCUCAACCGAGAGACUGGUUGCACUCAUCAAGUUUGAGGAUUCAGUUGCUGGCGAUGACGAUCAACAGGUGGUCCCUAUGAGCGACUCUCUCCGGGAAUCGCUGGCAAUAUUAUUCCAGGAGAUGAGGCUGUCGCUCCCAACCUACAUGGUGCCGGACGUGAUCGUUCCUCUGCGCCAGAUGCCCUUCCAAACCUCCAUGAAGCUGCAUAGAUCAAAGCUCCGGGAGCUUGCCAACAGCCUGACACAACAAGAACUCCGCAUAUACUCGCUCAACAACAACAAUGGCGCGAAGGUCGAGCCAAAGACUGAGACCGAAACGACCCUUCGCACUGUCUGGGCGCGCGUGAUGGGCAUGGACUCUGAGGAUAUCGGCCGCGACGACAGUUUCCUCGAGCUUGGUGGCGAUUCUAUUGCCGCGAUCCACCUCGCAACCGCCUGCCAUGAGGUAGGCCUGACGAUCAGUGUACCAGACGUCUUCAAGGACCCUCGCCUCUUUGCCGUUGCUGCUUGCGCGACUAUAGCAAGUGGCGAGGAUGCUGCUCUCGAAGCCUUCAGUCUCCUCCCACCUGGCAAUGUGGACGCAGUAUUGCAAGCUGUAGCAGAGGGGUGCGGCCUGACCGGCACCGAUCAAAUCGAAGAUGUCUACCCGUGUACAGCUCUACAAGAAGGCCUCAUGGCGCUUACAACAAAGCAGCCAGGCACAUAUGUGGCCAAGCACAUCUACCGACUUGGCUCUGAGACCGACCUGGCUCGCUUCCAGGAUGCUUGGAGCCGUGCUUUUGCCAUCCACGGGCUGCUUCGCACCCGAAUUGUGGUUCACGAUGGAACAUCCUAUCAGGCUGUGCUCAAGGAGGAGGUCAUCUGGGAGCCUGCUUCGCCGCAGACUCUCCCAUUUUCUGCGGCAUUGGCCGCCCUCGAGGAGCUUGAUAUUCAGUACGGCACCCGCCUGACUCGCUCCGCCAUCCUUACCAACCACGGAACCGGAGCACGAUACUUCGUACUGGCAAUGCACCAUGCUGUGUUUGACGCGUGGAGUUUGGGCCUUGUGCUUGAAACCCUGUGCAACAUCUACGAUGGAAAGCUGGAGCUCGGGUCGCCCGUCCCCUAUGUCGGCUUUGUCAAUUACACCACCAACCUCGACCGUACUGGUGCAGAGGCUUUCUGGAACGAGCAACUGGCCGGCGCCGAACCCGUUCCCUUCCCAUCCUCAGAUGCUGUGGGCAACAUCUCGACCACGAAGCAGAUUAUGCGGUCGCAUCAUGCUUCGGUCGCCUUCCCUGAGGCCGAGGACCACAAAAUCACUAAGGCAACUAUUGUUCAGGCAGCUUGGGCAUUAGUCCUUGCCAGUCACUCUGAUACCGAUGAUGUGUGCUUUGGUGCCACCGUCUCGGGACGCUAUGCUCCCCUGCCUGGCAUAGAGAGGAUGGCCGGGCCAUCACUGGCAACUGUGCCCGUCCGUGUCCAGCUUGACCGAAGACAGCAGACAUCUCAAUACCUCGAAGCAGUGCAGGAACACUUGUACGAGAUGGUCCCAUUCGAGCAGUUUGGUCUGCAGAAUAUAGCCAGGCUGAGCGCCAGUGCGAAGAACGCGUGCAACUUCGCCAACCUCAUCAUUGUGCAGCCGGGACAAUCUGCUGGUCCCGGCUCCGAUAUCUUACUUCCGAGCGACUUGGACGAGCUCGUGGGAGCGGGUACAGCAGGCGAUUACUUCAGCUAUCCUCUUGUCCUACAAGCAUCAACUUUCGGCGACCGCAUCGACCUGGCGUUCACGUACGAUUCGAGCGUCAUCUCCGAGGCACGACUCCACGCUCUGGCCCAGCAAUUGGGGCACGUUGUGGGACAACUCACUGCACCGGGCAGUACUUGCCUUGGAGAGGUCAACGUCGCCGGAACGUGGGACUUGCAGAAAGCCACGAGCUGGAACACUGCCGACAUCACUGCUGUUAACGCUUGCAUUCACGACCUGGUCAAGGAGGCCGCGCUGCGCACACCUGACCGCGAAGCAGUGUAUGCUUGGGAUGGUGUACUCACAUAUAGUGAGCUCGAGAAGCAAUCGCAUGCUCUGGCCUUACACCUGGUCGACUUGGGGAUCUGUCCCGAAGAUAUCGUGCCAAUCUGCUUUGAGAAGUCGUUGUGGGCCAUUGUUGCCAUGAUGGCUGUUCUCAAGGCUGGUGCCGCUUAUGUCCCUAUCGACCCGUCUCAUCCUGCCGCACGACGACAGUUGCUGAUCGAGGAGACGAAUUCCAAGAUCCUCAUCACCUCGCCGGCCACUACAGCCUCUCAUCUUGACAUGGUUCAGACCGUCGUCGAGGUCUCGGAGAAGCAGAUCACGGCCCUAUCCAAGAACCAAUUUUUGGAUGUGCAGUUGCCCUCAAUCUCACCCGACAACAAAGCCUACGCCAUCUUCACCUCCGGCAGCACAGGCAAGCCCAAGACAAUUGUCAUGGAGCACGCCGCUCUGUGCACGAGUGUGGUCAAGAACGGUCUCAGCCACGGCUUUGACUCCAAGGCUCACCGCGUGCUCCAGUAUUCCAGCUUCGUUUUUGACAUCAGCUUGGGCGAGAUCUUCGAGGCACUCGUCUACAAUGGCACGGUAUGCAUUCCGUCUGAAGAGCAGCGCAUGCGCGAUCUACCCGCAUUCAUCCGCGAGGCCAAGGUCAGCUGUGCCAUGUUGACCUCUUCCUUCACUGCUACACUAGCUCCCGAGGACGUGCCGUCUCUGGAGCUCUUGCUACUUGUUGGAGAAGCUCCCACGCAGCAGGUUGUGGAAGUCUGGGCCGACCAGGUGGUGCUUGUCAACGCCUACGGGCCGGCAGAGGCCUGCAUUUACUGCGCCUCGCAUACUUACCACAAUCCGGAUUCGGGAGAGCCGGCAGCGUCCCUCGGCAAGGGGACGACGGCCAAUCUCUGGAUCGUGGAUGUCAAGGACCACAACCGACUGGCCCCAAUCGGCUGCAUCGGUGAGCUCGUCUUGCAGGGCCACGUGCUCGCACGCGAGUACGCCAACGACCCAGAAACCACCGCUCGAUCUUUCCUGCCGGGCGUCUCAUGGUACCCUUCGACCGCCGAGGACUCUUGCAGGUUUUACAAAACAGGAGACCUCGCCAGGUACAGAGACGAUGGCUCCGUCGAGUAUCUCGGAAGAAGAGACACGCAAGUCAAGCUCCGUGGUCUUCGUAUCGAGCUCGGCGCCAUCGAGCAUGCCAUAAAGACCAUCUGCCCGGCCAUCGAUCAUGUCGCGGUGGAUGUCACUAGACAGGCAUCUCGGGAGCAACUGAUCGCCAUGGUCCACUUCCAACACACCGAGGCUACCACGGGUGAUGCCGUUGUACUCGCCGACUCUGAUGAGCUCCGCCAAUGCUUUUCCAAGAUCAUGACGGACCUCAGAGACACACUGCCAAGUUACAUGGUCCCUAACUUCUUCGUGCCGCUAUCACAGAUGCCGUUCCAGACAUCCAUGAAGCUCAACCGCUCAAGCCUCCGAAAGAUAGCUUCCGGUCUGACGCAGGGGCAGCUGACAAGCUACAUCAUGGCCGAGGAAGAGAAGGAAGAAGCGCCAAGCACGCCCUACGAGUUUGCGCUUCGCGACAUCUGGGCACAGAUUCUCCGUCUCGAUGACGUGCAGCAGAUCGGACGUAAUGGCAACUUCCUCAAUCUCGGUGGUGAUUCCAUCAGGGCGAUCCAGGUCGUUACUGCUGCCCGCAAGGCCGGCUUAUCUCUGAGCGUUAGCGACAUUUUUGCGAACCCACGACUGUCCGCUGUUGCCGCGAAGGUGACCAGCAUCGACGCGGAGAUCAUCACGGAGACAGUACCUUUCCGGUUGUUGCCUGCUGCCGAUGCUCAAGAACUACAAAACGCAGUUGUUCAGGCUUGCGGACUGGACAACACCGGUGCUGUCCAGGAUGCAUAUCCCUGCACACCCUUCCAAGAGGGUCUGAUGGCCCUUGCGGUGAAGCAACCUGGAUCUUAUAUUGCCAAGCACGUCUAUCAACUUGGUGGUUCGGUUGACCUCGCAAGGUUCCGGACAGCAUGGGAGCAGACAAUCGCCCUGUGUGAGAACCUCCGCACCCGAAUCAUCGUGCAUGGUGGGAUGACUGUCCAAGCAGUCAUUCAGGAGCCUAUGCAGUGGGAGGCCAUCGAACAGGGCACAGAUCUGGCGACUGCAAUUCGCAGAGUCGGUGGCGUGGACAUGCAAUAUGGCAGCCGCCUGUGCCGUUAUGCAUUGGUCGAAGGAGAGGACAAGCUGAUGCCUGCCCACUUUAUCCUCGUGAUGCACCACGCCGUCUUCGACGGUUGGACGGUGGGCCUCAUCCUGAACAGCCUGCUCACCAUCUAUCAUGGCCAGGAGAUUCAACCAUCUCCGCGACCAUAUGCCGACUUUGUCGACUUUGCCACGAGCAUCGACGUCGACGAUGCUGCAGAGUACUGGGGAACCCACCUCGACGGAGCCCAGCGUGCGCAGUUCCCCCGAGUUGACACGACCAAGGCCGCCGAAGCCAAGACAGAGGUGCUCGAGACGACUAUUACGCUGCCAACUGGAUCUCAGUCCGGUGUCGUCACAAAAGCUACCAUUCUGCGCGCUGCUUGGGCCGUUGUCAUGGCCAAGUACGGUGACACCCAAGAUAUAUGCUUCGGCACCGCGAUUUCCGGCCGCCAGGCCCCUGUUCCGGGAGUCGAGACCAUGGCUGGCCCAGCUGUUGCGACUGUUCCUGUCCGCGUCAAGAUUGAUGGUCGACAGAGCGUUGCCAGCUUCCUAAGCUCAGUCCAGGCCCAAGCUGCUGAAAUGACCGCUUUUGAGCAGUUCGGCCUGCAACGAAUUGCCAAGCUUCAUCCAGAUGCCAAAGACGCCUGUGACUUCACCAGCUUGAUGGUAGUACAACCAGCCAAGCAGUUGAUGGGUGACAGUGACAAGCUCGACAGCGAUCGUGUAUUGAGCCCUGUCUCAUCCGAGCAGUAUGGUACUGAAGAGUCUCUCGCAGGCUACUUCAGCUACCCACUGGUCGUGCAGGCAUACCCACAUGACGACCAUGUUGAGCUCGUCUUUACUUUCGAUGCCAACACAGUCUCCCGUGGUCGACUAGAGGCUAUGACAGAGCACUUCUCGCAUGUGAUCCACCAGCUGACGCAGAAUACCGAAGUGACGAUGGACACCAUCUCCGUCGCUGGCCAGUGGGAUCUGCACCAGGCAACUGAGUGGAAUGGCGCUGGUCCUCUUGUGGUCAACAAGUGUGUCCACCACAUCAUUGAAGAGCAAGCACAAAAGCGCCCCAAGGCUCUCGCCAUCCGCGCGUGGGAUUCAGAGCUGACUUAUGCCGAGUUCGACAAUGCGGCAAACCGACUCGCGCACAAGCUCGUGGCCGAUUUCCAAGUGAAGCCUGGCGAUCUGGUUCAGGUCUGCUUCGAGAAGUCGGCAUGGUUCUUCGUCUCGAUUUUUGCCAUUAACAAAGCGGGAGCGGCCUGGGUGCCUCUGGAUCCCGGUCAUCCCGUUGACCGAUAUAGGCAGAUCAUCAAGCAGACCGAAGCACGCCUCGCACUCGUCUCGGCUGAGCAAUCCGCAAAGGUUGCUGGCCUCGUCGAGGAGACCCUGGUGAUUGACCAUCUUCUUGACGAGCAGCUCCAAGCCGAGUACGGUGCCAAUCCGGGCGCGCCAACCUGUUCUGUGACUCCUGAGCAUGCCGCGUACGUGCUAUUCACCUCCGGUAGCACAGGGCUGCCAAAGGGUCUUGUUAUCCAGCACAGGGCUCUCUGCACCAGUCAGACAGACAUGAUUCGUCGCCUGGGGAUGACAUCAGAGGUCAGAAUGCUCCAGUUCGCGUCCUAUGUCUUCGACAUGUGCAUCGGCGAGACGAUCCCCACACUCAUGGUUGGUGCUACACUUUGCAUCCCAUCCGACAAUACCAGGUUGGGUGCGCUGCAGGACUUCAUCAAGACCAUGGACAUCAACUGGGCGUGGUUUACUCCGUCUUUCGUCCGCACCCUGCAUCCAGAUGCCGUGCCUAGCAUUGAGCUCAUCUUCUUGGCUGGUGAAGCUGUUGGAGCCGACAUACUGCAGACGUGGUUUGGUCGGAUCCGCCUUAUCAAUGGAUGGGGUCCCGCGGAAACCUGUGUCGUCAGCACGAUGCAUGAGUGGACAACGCCCGAGGCGCCUCUGGUCGUGGGUCGUCCUGUGGGAGGAUUCUGCUGGAUCGUUGACCCGCAGGAUCACAACAAGCUCGCUCCCAUUGGAUGUGUGGGCGAGGUGGUUAUCCAGAGUCCCACGAUACUGCGAGAGUAUCUGGCGGAUCCUGUACGAACCGCCGCCGCGACCGUGACCGAGCUCCCCGAGUGGGCUCCCCGACGCCAGGAGCUGCCAUGGAACCGCUUCUUCAAGUCGGGAGACCUGUGUGCCUACCGGGAAGAUGGCACACUCGAAUUCGUGAGCAGAAAGGAUACCCAGGUCAAGAUCCGUGGCCUGCGUGUGGAGCUGGGCGAGGUUGAGCACCACAUGCAAGCCGCAGUAAAGGGGGUCUGUCAGGUGGUUGUCGACGUUCUUCGGGAUGGCGAUAAUGCUGCGCUGGCUGCCUUCCUCUGCUUCACCGAUAACACGCGCCUCGUUACCACUCAGGAACUGGAGAACGACAUAUUCCUACCGCUGACCGCGGCUAUGAAGGUCGAUAUGGCGACCGCUGCUAGCCACGUAGGCAUCAUGCUGCCCAGCUACAUGGUGCCCUCUCUCUUCGUCCCAUGCGCAUUCAUGCCCUGCAUGACCUCGACAAAGAUCGACAGGGGCAGUCUGCGGCGCUCGGCGGAUGCCCUUGGCCGCGAGGGACGCGCGCAGUAUACUCUAGCGAGCGUGAACAAGCGCGCGGUCGUGACCCCGAUGGAGGAGCGCCUGCAGGCAAUCUGGGCAACCAUCCUCAAGGUAUCGCCGCAGACUAUCGGUCGCGAUGAUAGUUUCCUCCAGGUUGGAGGCGAUUCCAUUACUGCGAUUCACGUGGUUACCGCGGCACGCGAGCAAGGGCUCAUGCUCACUGUUCACGACAUCUUCAGCGACCCACGCCUCCUGGCGGUCGCAGCCAAGACAAGCGAGAACUUUGAGGAUGACAGAUAUACUGAGGCCUUCAGCAUGAUUGCGCCAAGCGAUCUCGACAGCGUCCUCUCUGCUGUGGCUAUUGAGUGUGGUCUUUCUGGUCCUCAGGAUGUUGAGGACGCCUACCCAUGCACCCCUCUCCAGGAAGGUCUGAUGGCGCUGGCAGUCAAACAGCCCGGCUCGUACAUGGCCAAGUACGUCUAUGAGCUUCAAGAGCUCGUCGAUAUCACCAAGUUCCGCACCGCAUGGGAACAGACGUUACUGGCCUGCACAAACCUCCGUACCCGGAUUGUGAUGCACAACCGGGAGGCAAUCCAGGCUGUUCUACGCCAACCCACAACUUGGGAAGUCGUUCCAGAUGGCUCAGACCUACAGACGGUGCUACGCUCGAUCCAUGACCUCGGCAUGAAGCCCAGCCUCCCGUUGUGUCGGUAUGCCACUGUCAUCGAACCAAAUGGAAGCCGGUACUUUGUGCUGGUCAUCCAUCACGCCGUUGUCGAUGGAUGGAACAUGUCUCUUGUUCUGGAGACUUUGGCCUCCUUCUAUGAUGGUCUGCCCGCCACACCUCUGGAGCCGUACGCGGGUUUCGUUAACUACAUCAAGAGGAUCGACCACGCUGCAGCGGCGGAGUACUGGACCUCACAGCUCGAUGGCGCAACGCCUUCACAGACCUCUUUUGAGGACAGCAGUGUGGCUCCCGAUACCCCCGUCGCUACCGUCACCAAGACGACCACAAUCGACUUUGCACACCAGAAAGACGCCUCAAUCACAAAGGCGACUAUCCUGCGUGCAGCCUGGGCCAUCAUCCUGGCCCAGUACGAUGAGUCUCAGGAUAUCUGUUUCGGCACUACCGUGUCUGGCCGACAUGCCUCCGUUACAGGAGUCGAUCGGAUGCCAGGUCCCGCGGUGGCGACUGUUCCAGUUCACAUUCGUCUUGACCAAUCCCAACGGGUAGACGAGUUCCUCAAGGCCGUUCAGUCGCAGGCUUCCAAUAUGAUCCCCUUCGAACAGUUUGGCUUGCAAAAUAUAUCCAAACUUAGCCGCGAAGCCAAGAAAGCAUGCGAGUUCACGAGCUUGAUGGUCGUGCAGCCAAUGAAUCUGGCGGCGGGCCAAGCUACGCGCGAGGGGCUUAUGUCAAGCGGCAUGAAGGGACAUGUUGUCGAGGACUCCCUGGAUGGAUAUUUCAGCUACUCCCUCGUCAUCCAGGCUGCUACUUACGACGACUGGGUCGAUUUGAUGCUUACUUACGACGGCAACAGAGUCUCGGCGGCCCGGAUCGAGGCGCUGACCCAUCACCUCGACAAUGUCGUUCAGCAGCUCUCUUCCAAUGGCACCAUGCUAGUUGGAUCGCUCUCGGCCACUAGCUCUUGGGAUCUCGAUCAGGCACUCAUGUGGAACACAGCUUGCCAGACACCCUCCUCGAAACUCACCGAGGAGCUGAUUUCUUGGCAUGUCCGCAGCUCGCCAUCCCACGAGGCAGUCUACUCGUCCGAGGGUACACUCACAUACGCAGAACUCGACGAGCUGUCUACAACACUGUCCCGCCACCUGCGGAACCUGGGCAUCGGGGCAGAGUGCUUCGUCCCGGUGUGUUUCGAAAAGAGCAUGUGGUUCACAGUCGCCAUUCUUGGUGUGCUUAAAGCUGGCGCAGCAUUUGUGCCCCUGGACCAAUCUCACCCAGUCAGCCGCAAACAGACAAUCAUUGAAGAGACCAGAGCUCGUGCGGUGCUAGCCUCGUCCGCCACCGCUCUGUCAUGCCAAGGUCUUGUUGACACAAUUGUUGAGGUGUCCGCAACCUCCCUACUGCAAAUGGCCCAGCUUGCCAUGGACAAUGUUUCGCCACCAGCAAUCGAGGUUCGCCUCGACAGUGCGGCUUAUGCCAUCUUCACAUCUGGCACCACUGGCAAACCCAAGACAAUUGUCGUCGAGCACGCGGCCCUCAGCAGCAGUCUUCUCGCACAGGGUGAGGCGUUCUGCGCAGGCCCCGAAACACGCUUCCUCCAGUUCGCCAGCUAUGUCUUUGAUGCUGCAAUCACGGAGAUCCUCAUGACCCUGGCCUUCGGCGGCACUGUGUGCAUUCCGACAGACAUGCAGCGCAUGCAAGAAUUACCAGACUUUGUCCGGAAGAGCAACACCACAGCCGCUCUGCUGACCCCGUCAUUCGCGACAACCCUGUCGCCCGCUGAAGUUCCCACACUCCAGACAUUAAUCUUGGGUGGCGAGGCACUGACGCGCAGCAGUAUCGACGCCUGGUUUGGCAGCGUGCAGCGCCUCAUCAACGCUUACGGUCCCGCCGAAACGUGUGUCGUGGCCACAAUUCAUACGUACACGUCCGCGAGCGAGAGCCCGGCGACUAUAGGCAAGAGCAUCUUUGGACGCAGCUGGAUUGUGGAUCCGAAUGAUCACAACCGCCUCGCGCCUAUUGGUUGCGUCGGAGAGCUCAUCGUCGAGGGCGCUGCUUUGGCUCGUGGUUACGCCAACAACCAGCAAGAGACAGACCGCGUCUUUCUAAAGGGGGCGAAGUGGUUGCCACUGUCUUCUGGCAAUUCCGCGACGAGGAUCUACAAGACUGGUGACUUGGUGAAGUACGGACCUGACGGCACGCUGCAAUAUGUCGGCAGAAAGGAUAGCCAGAUCAAGCUGCGCGGCCAACGCAUCGAGCUCGGAGCUGUUGAGCAUGCCAUCAAGGAUGUGCAGCCGCUUGUUGAGCACGCAGCGGUGACCGUUGUCAAGAACGGCUCAAGAGAAUGGCUUGUGGCUCUGCUCAAGAUCCAGGGAUUUGACUCUGGCGACGACGAUGAUGAGGACAACAGUGUGUCUGCGACAAUGACAUCUUCCCGACGAGAACUGCUGAGCAAGCUCGCAGCAGACCUACACCAACAGCUGCCUGGAUACAUGGUCCCGUCCCUGUUCGUGCCCCUCAAGGCAAUGCCUUUUCAGUCCUCUAUGAAGCUGCACCGAGCAGAACUACAGGUCAUAGCCAACGGCUUGAGCCAGGAGGACUUCCAACGGUACUCACUGUCCCAGGAUGUCGAGAAGGUAGCCCCCGUCACGGACCUGGAGAUUGUCCUUCGGGAUAUCUGGGCCAGAGUACUAGACAUCGACGUCGAUACUAUUGGGCGCCACGACAGCUUCCUCCAGAUCGGUGGCGAUUCAAUCAGUGCAAUCCACGUCGUCACUGCGCUGAGCUCCCUGGGCUUGUCUCUCACGGUGCACGACAUCUUUAUCGAUGCUCGCUUAUCCGCAAUCGCCCUCAAGACGAGUGCAGGACUCCGCAACGAGCAUGAAGACCAUGAGCCAUUCAGCCUUCUGCCUAGUGGAGUCAGCAUCGAUACCAUCAAGAACGAUGUAGCUCAUCUGUGUGAGCUUGAGCCAGGCCAAGUGAUAGAGGACGUGUUCCCCUGCACGCCUCUCCAGGAGGGCCUGAUGGCCCUCACGGUCAAGCAGCCCGGAUCAUACAUCGCGACACAUUCGUACCGCCUGGCAGGCGACGUCGACGUGGCGCGGUUCAAGCAGGCCUGGGAGGACACAAUGGCCACGUGCAGCAAUCUUCGCACGAGGAUCAUAUUCCGCAACGGUGUCACCCUGCAGGCCAUCAUUGCAGAGACCGCAGUGUGGGAGUCAUCAGAGCACUCGCCACUGAUGCAGUAUGGUUCCCGCCUAUGCCAGUACUCGCUCGCCGAAGACGACACUGGCAAGCCCUGCUUCACUCUCGUCAUGCACCACGCCAUCUUUGACGGAUGGAGCUUCGGUCUCAUGUUGGAAACCCUGACCAGACUCUACUACGCCCAAGAUGACGCUUCCAGCUCACUACCGACUUUGAUGCCCUACGCCAAUUUUGUCAAGUACCUCACUGACCUUGACCAGGACGCGUCAGCGGGUUUCUGGUCGGCGCAGCUGAGCGGCGCACAGCGGGCCUCAUUCCCUACCGCCGAUACUGCAGCAGCGCCUGUUGCCCAAGACAGCAGCAAGCAGCUCAUCCGGACCGCGGACAGGACCAUUGCGUUUGCGCAGCAGGCAGACAACUCCGUUACCAGAGCCAAUGUAUUCCGCGCGGCCUGGGCAGUGGUUCUUGGUCGCUAUUGCGACACCGACGAUGUCUGCUUCGGAACCACCGUCUCAGGCAGGCAGGCGCCCGUGGCAGGAAUCGAGAGGAUGGCCGGCCCAGCCCUGGCAACAGUACCCGUCAGAAUGCGCCUUGACGGCCAACAGCUCAUCAGUGAUUUCUUGCUGCAAGUGCAGACUCAGGCGACAUCCAUGGUGGCGCAUGAGCAGUUCGGCGUGCAGAAUAUCGCCAAGCUGAAUGCCGAAAUUAGGGAGGCGUGCGAUUUCGCCAGCUUGAUGAUUAUCCAACCUGCUUCCGGGCCAGGGAAUGGCUCGGAAGGCAGCGACAGAGCUUUGCUGCUCCCGUCGGAUUCUUCUGACGGCCUCCAAGGAUUCUUCAACUAUCCACUGGUGCUCCAGGCUGUGGUACAGGACGACGACGUCAACAUUGUCAUUACCUACGACGCAGCGGUCAUCUCCGACACUCGAGUCGAGGCUGUAAGCCACCACCUCGAGAAUGUCCUGCAGCAGCUCACGGCCAACAAAGAAGAGACGCUGGGCAGUAUCAAGGUGUCUGGCGCAUGGGACCUCCAAAUGGCUGCGAAAUGGAACACUGCCAGUGUACCAGUUGCAGACACGUGUGUGCAAGAGAUCAUUGCCAGCCGGGUUCGUGAGACGCCUGACCAGCAAGCCAUAUACUCUUGGGACGGCAACCUCACAUACUCGGAGUUGGAUCGCCUCUCUGGAAUCCUAGCAGCGCACUUGGUCGAGCUCGGUGUGCAGCCAGAAACCAUGGUGCCACUGUGUCUCGAGAAGUCCACAUGGGCCAUAGUUGCCAUGCUAGCCGUGCUCAAGGCAGGUGGCGCUUUCAUCCCUGUUGACCCAGAACAUCCGACUGCUCGUCGCCGAACCUUGAUCGAGGACGCCAAUGCGCACAUUCUGCUGGUCUCUCCCAGCACGGCGCCCUCGAGUUCGGGUCUCGCUGACACCGUCCUUUCGGUAUCUGCAGCUCUCUUCGAGGUUCUCUCUGAGAAGAGGGAAGGUCUGACGUCUUCAUCCGCGUCCAGCAUCGCUGCUACACCAGCCAACGCGGCCUACGCCAUCUUUACCUCUGGUUCCACAGGCAAGCCAAAGACAAUUGUGGUUGAGCACUCGGCGUUGUGCACCAGCAUUAGCGCCCAGGCUAGUGCAUACGACAUCAACAAGAACAGUCGGGUGUUGCAGUUCUCGAACUACGUGUUCGAUGCCGCCAUCACAGAGAUUUUCACGACCUUGUCAUGUGGUGGAACCGUCUGUGUCCCGUCCGAAGCUGACCGACUCCAGGACAUCGCAACGUUCGCGAGGGAAGCCCAGGUCACAGCGGCUAUGCUUACCCCCUCCUUUGCCAGGACCAUCAAGCCAAAGGAUGUCCCCUCCCUGAAGACCCUGGUGAUGGGCGGUGAAGCUCCCACGCAACAGGAUCUGGACAACUGGCUGCACGGAGACUUCCGCCUCAUCAACGGCUACGGACCCACGGAGACUGUCAUCUACUGCACCUAUCACGCCUACACCUCUCAGGCUGAGGCGCCCAUUAACAUCGGCAAGGGCCUGACAGGCAACUGCUGGAUUGUCGAGCCCAAUGACCAUAACCAGCUAGCUCCCGUCGGAACCAUUGGUGAGCUGGUGGUCCACAGUCAUGCUUUGGCACGGGGUUAUGCCAAUGACGCCGUCAAUACGUCUCGCUCGUUCCUGAAAUCGCUCGAUUUCAUCCCCGCCGCGCUCGCGGACGACAGGAAGCGGGUGUACAAGACAGGAGAUCUGGUCAGAUACAAUGCUGACGGCACAAUCACAUAUGUGGGCAGAAAGGACACGCAAAUCAAGCUCCGUGGUCAACGUGUGGAGCUGGGUGCAAUCGAAAGUGCCAUCAAGGCCGCAGCUUCUGCAGGUCCUGCGUUGUUGGAGCAUGUCGCUGUCGACAUUGUCAAGCAUGGCCCUCGGGAGCGUCUCGUGGCGCUCGUCAACUUCUCUGCCACGGACGCCUCCACCGAGGCACAAGAUGUUGCUGAGGACCUACUCAUAGCACCAACGGCCGACCUUCGUGCCGCUUUUGCGACCAUCGUCAGCAUCAUCACGGACCAGCUUCCUUCUUACAUGGUGCCGACCUUCUUCAUCCCGCUCCGGCAAAUGCCGUUCCAGGCAGCUUCGAUGAAGCUCAACCGCCGUAGACUCCGCGAGAUUGCGCAGGGUCUGAACGAAGACGAGCUUCUCGGCUACUCACUUGCCGAAGGUGACAAGAUAGCACCCGUCACGCUAAACGAAGUAGCCCUCCGGGGCAUUUGGGCCGCCGUGUUGCGAGUCGAUGCAGCCCACAUUGGCCGCCAUGACAGCUUCUUGCAGGUUGGCGGCGACUCGAUCAGCGCGAUUCAGGUAGUGACGGCUGUGCGAGAACUAGCCGGCUGCUCACUGACCGUGCAUGAUAUUUUCGCUGAUCCGCGUCUCUCUGCUGUUGCUGACAAGAUGGCCAGUAGUCAAGAUCAGGUUGACUACCAUGUCGAGAAGUUUGCACUCCUGGCUCAAGACGAGCUGAGCAGCCUCCUCAGUGCUGUUGCAGACGACUGCCAGAUUGACGACGUAUCGCAGAUUGAGGAUGCUUUCCCGUGCACGUCUCUGCAGGAAGGCCUGAUGGCAUUGUCCCACAAACAGCCUGGCUCGUACAUUGCGCGCAAUGUGUAUCGCCUGCACAGCAAUGUCGAUAUCGAGCUGUUCCAAGCAGCCUGGGAGAUCACCCUUGAAGCUUGUGCCAAUCUGCGCACCCGGAUCACAUUGCACAACAACAUGACGAUCCAGUCAGUUGUCAAGCAGUCGCCUCUCUGGGAAGACACCCAGAGCCUCAGUCUGACCGCGGCCCUCGACGCAACCAAGACAAUUCAAAUGAGCUACGGAUCUCGCCUGUGCAGAUACGGGCUGGUCACCGAGGACGGCGCCACGUACUUUGUCCUUGUCAUGCACCAUGCCGUCUUUGAUGGCUGGAGCAUGGGCCUCAUGCUGCAGACACUCCUCACCUCGUAUGCUGGUGCUCCCGUGCCAGACCUCAUCUCGUCUGCCGACUUUGUCAACUACACCAUGCAGAUGAGUGCAGAGGAUGCAGCCACGUACUGGACAGACCAGCUCGCCGGCUCACAGCGAGCUUCCUUCCCUGCUCCAAGGACCCUGACCGCCACGCAUGGCGAGGGACAGCCCGAGGCUCCUACAACAACAACUCGGGUCUACAACACCAGCAUUCAGUUCGAAAAGGUCUCACGGGACUCCAUCACAAGCGCGACGGUUCUGAGAGCUGCUUGGGGUAUUGUCUUAGCUCGAUACUGUGACACUGACGACGUCUGCUUUGGUGUCACCGUGUCUGGUCGCCAUGCCGCCUUAUCUGGAGUCGACAGGGUGGCUGGUCCUACCGUGGCUACAGUGCCAGUCCGUCUCUAUCUGCGGCCCGAAGAGUCCGUCACGAACUUCCUUCGUGCAGUGCAGCUGCAAGCUUCCGAAGCAGUUGCCUAUGAGCAGUACGGACUGCGCAAUAUCGCCAAGCUCACUGAUGAUGCAAGGAAGGCUUGCGAUUUCAACAGUCUUUUGAUCGUUCAACCUGCUUCAUCGACGAUCUCUCAAAUCAACGACGGUCCAGGUUCCAGCCCCAUGUUGGAACAGCUGGCAUCUGACUCAUUGGAUGCCCUUGAAGGAUACUUCAACUACCCUUUGGUUCUGCAGGCUGUCACACACGAGGAUCGCGUCGAUCUGGGCUUCACUUACGAUGAAGCUUCUCUUUCGAACGACCAGCUGUUGGCGCUCAGCAAGCACCUCAGCCAUGUUGUUGACCAGUUAUUGGCACACAGAGACUCUCCUAUGCGCACACUGUCGGUUGCCAGUCAAUGGGACCUCCAGCGCGCACAAGAGUGGAACAUCGCCGACACUUCGGCUGUGGAGGCCUGUGUCCACGAUUUGAUUUCAAAGAAGGCGGCUCUCAUCCCUGGAAAUGAAGCAGUAUAUUCCUCGGAUGGGAGCUUCACCUAUGCCGAGCUGGAUGAGCUGUCGACCAUGCUGGCUCACCACCUUAUACAGCUUGAUGUCGUGGGUCCGGAAAUUUUCAUCCCGAUCUGCUUUGAGAAGUCAAGAUGGGCGAUCGUCACGAUGCUUGCCAUUCUCAAAGCCGGAAGCGCAUUCGUGCCAUUGGACCCCUCUCACCCUGCGGACCGGCGAAGGACUCUGGUGGAAGAGACACGAUCCAAGCUAAUCAUCACGUCCGCAGACAUGGCAGAGUCUUGCCAUGGCCUGACUGACCUGCUGUUUGAAGUGUCCGAAGCUACCAUGACUACUCUGGCCUCCUCUCGGAGUGCAUCGAGCAAGCACCGUGCUCUCCCAACAUCUGUACCUUCUCAAGCUGCCUACGCCAUCUUCACCUCAGGAUCCACAGGUCGACCCAAGACAAUUGUCAUGGAACACGUCGCUUUUGCCACGAGUAUUAUGAAAAACGGGGCCGACCACGACAUCACCUCGACGUCGCGCGUCUUGCAGUACUCCAGUUUCGUGUUUGAUAUCUCUCUAGGAGAGAUCUUCGAGGUCCUUGCCUUUGGCGGUGUCAUCUGCAUUCCCACAGAAACCCAACGCCUUGACGGUGUCGCGAGGUUCAUGGAGGAGUCUCGUACCAACACGGCCAUGCUUACUGCAAGCUUCCUCAAGACCCUCAAGCCUGCAGAUGUGCCUUCUCUCGAGCUCCUAUUGCUCGUUGGUGAAGCUCCGCAAAGGGAAACUAUCCAGACCUGGGUCGGCCACGUCAAGGUGGUCAACGCCUAUGGCCCCGCAGAGUCAUGCAUUUACUGCGCGGCUCACACUUACACCUCCCGGGAUGAGAACCCGACCAGUAUCGGUCGUGGCCUCACUGGCAACUUCUGGGUCGUGGACAAGGACAACUGCCACCAGCUCGCCCCAAUUGGCUGCGUGGGCGAGCUUGUCGUCCAGGGACAUGCCCUGGCGCGUGGAUAUGCCAACGACCCGGAGGUAACGGCACGCUCGUUCCUGACAGCACUUGACUUCUUGCCACCAACGGCCGACAACCAACGCUUCUACCGGACCGGCGAUCUGUGCCGGUAUAACGCUGAUGGCACACUCGAAUAUCUCGGCCGCCGCGAUACACAAGUCAAGCUUCAUGGCCAGCGAAUCGAGCUAGGCGCAAUUGAGUACACCAUGACUGCUUCGCAGCCACUGCUCUCGCAUGCUGCCGUCGAUGUUCUCAAGCGUGGCGCUCAGGAGUCUCUGGUCGCAUUCCUCACCUUGCACGACAUUCGCGAUGAUGCGAAAGCUUCAGAUGAGCCGAUUUCAAUGACCCAGCAACUGCGCAAGCUGUUCACCGAGCUGGCCAGCGAUCUGAAGCGGCAGCUGCCCGCUUACAUGGUACCUUCGUACUAUGUCCCACUCAGCCGGAUGCCGUUCCAAACCUCCAUGAAGCUUCACAGGUCCAAGCUUCGUGACCUGAUGAACAACAUGUCUGCGGAGGAGCUCCUCUCUUUCUCUCUGUCAAGUGCAAAAAAGACGGCCCCCGAGACCGAAAUGGAGCGCACCAUGCAGCAGAUCUGGUCCCAGGUUCUCAUGCUGCCCAUUGAGCACAUUGGCCGGGACGACUUCUUCCUCGAGAUCGGCGGAGACUCAAUUAGUGCGAUCCAGGUCGUGACUCUUGUGCGCGAACUUGGUUACUCUCUUACGGUGCACGAAAUCUUCAGCAACGGCCAGCUCUGGGCCGUCGCUGCCUGCACCCUCGCCAGCUCCGGAGCUCCCUCAAAGCGCAUUGAACGAUUUGGGCUACUCUCAUCAGCAAAGGACGAUCCAGAGACACUCUGCACUGCACUUUCGACAGCGUGCAGUGUGGAGAGAAAUGCCCUCGAGGAUGUCUACCCCUGUACCUCCCUGCAAGAAGGCCUCAUGGCCUUGACCGCCAAACAGCCAGGGUCGUACAUCGCCAAGCACAUCUACAAGCUUGCUGCGGGUGUCGACAUUGCUCGAUUCCAGACAGCCUGGGAGCAGACGGUACGACUCAACGAAAACCUGCGGACACGCAUCGUUACGUACGACGAUGCUUCUUACCAGAUCGUCCUCUGCGAGCCGUCAGCUUGGGAGGAUGUUCCUCGCGGCAGCCGCACACAAAAGCCAACGACGGCAGUGGCUCUUGACUAUGUCGCCGGCCUGGAUAUGCAGUAUGGCUCGCCCUUGUGCCGAUACGCCCUCGUGCCCAUCCCUGAGGAUGAUGGAGAUGCACACUACUACUUCAUCCUUGUGAUGCACCACGCCAUUUUUGACGGAUGGAGCAUGGGCCUGAUGCUAGAGACUCUUCAGGCGUCAUACAACAACACCGCCGUCCCGGCCUUGGAGCCGUAUUCCAGCUUCGUCAAUCACAUCCGUGAGAUUGACCAUGUGGCCGCAGCAGACUACUGGACAACACAGCUCAGUGGCGCGCGACGCGCUACAUUCCCGCAAGUGGUGCACAACGAAAGCGUCACUGCCACUAGCGGAGCAGAGACAAAGGUCAUGCAGAGGUCAAUCACAUUGCCGCAGGCAUCGUCUUCAUUCUCCAUAACCAAGGCGACCAUCAUGCGAGCUGCAUGGGCAAUAGUCCUUGGCUGUUACAGCAAGAUGGACGACAUUACCUUUGGCACCACCGUUGCUGGCCGGCACGCUCCGGUGGCUGGGAUUGAGAGAAUGGCUGGACCGACCGUGGCGACCGUUCCCAUCCGCCUGAGACUCGACUCACAACAAUCCGUCGCCGCUUUCCUUGGUGCGGUUCAAUCUCAAGCGUCAGAAAUGGUGGCCUACGAGCAGUAUGGUCUUCAGAACAUCUCCAGACUGAGCAAAGACGCCAGGGAUGCAUGCGACUUUGACAGUCUGAUGAUUGUGCAACCAGGCCAGGCUGCCUCAUCAACAGAAACAGGCAGCCUAUUGGUCUCUGACAACUCGACCGACGACGAAGCCCAUGGUGCUAUGGAUGGCUAUUUCAGCUACCCCUUGGUGCUGCAGGCUCUCACAUUCACAGACCAUGUUGACUUGGUGUUCACGUAUAACUCAGCUGUCGUGUGUGAACAGAGACUCGAGGCAUUGGCGCGCCAUCUCGAACACGUUGUCCAACAGCUACGCUCCUGCGAAGUUGCGGACGAUGCCACGCUUGCCAAUGUCACAGUCUCUGGAGCCUGGGAUCUGGAACAAGCUACUCGCUGGAACACGGCGGACUCGUCGCCUGUCCUGGCUUGCAUCCACGACCUUUUCGCUGAACAAGUCGCCCGUACGCCUGACCAUGAAGCUAUCUGCUCCUGGGAUGGAACUUUCACGUACGCCGAGCUCGAUCGCAUGGCAAAUCAACUAGCCGCACAUCUGGUGGACGAGUUUGCUCUCGGCCCUGAAACCAUGGUGCCUGUCUGCUUCGAAAAGUCUGCCUGGGCCAUCGUGGCCAUGAUGGGCAUACUGAAGGCGGGCGCAGCCUUCGUGCCCUUGGAUCCAUCACACCCCCUCGAGCGGCGGCGCAUGCUUGUCGCUGAGACUCAGGCAAAGAUUAUCCUUGCAUCCCCAUCCACGGCCUCCACUUGUGAAGAACUCUCGGCAACAGUUGUACUACUUUCUGCUGAGCACAUGUCUGGCCUCGCAACUACAGUUGACCUGCAGACUCUCGACAAUAUCUCGGAUGCCACACCAGCAAAUGUUGCCUACGUCAUCUUCACUUCUGGCUCUACAGGUCGGCCCAAAACUAUUGUCGUCGAACAUUCGGCUCUUUCGACGUCGAUGGUUGGACGAGAUCGCGCAUACCACUUUGGCAGACACUCGCGCGUGCUGCAAUUCUCCAGCUACGUCUUUGACGUCAGCUUGAGUGAGAUAUUCGAGACGCUUAUCUUUGGUGGUACCAUCUGUGUGCCGUCAGAAGCCCAGCGGCUGGAGGACAUCUCCUCUUUCGUCCGCAACAACGCCGUAAAUACGGCUCUUCUGACGUCCACCUUCCUGAGAACUCUCACCCCAGCCCUUGUCCCUAGCCUGGAGCUCGUCAUCCUUGUGGGAGAGCCUCCUGCAAAAGACAUUCUAGAGACUUGGCUUCCUGGUGGUCGGGUCACAUUGGCCAACGCAUAUGGACCUUCCGAGAUUUCCGUCUUCUGCACGUCACACGUGUACACUUCGGUCCACGAGCCUCCCACAACCGUUGGCAGACCUUUUGGCAGCGCAUGCUGGAUCGUGGACGAGUCAAACCACGAGGUCCUCGCGCCCAUCGGGUGCACUGGUGAGCUCGUGGUCCAGCGCCAGAUGGCUCGGGGAUACCUGAACGACGCAACUCACACGCAGGCUUCCUUCCUCAAGAGCGUCUCGUGGCUGCCAUUCUCCACAGAAGAAGAGGACACACGCAAGUUCUACCGGACGGGCGACAUCGUUCGCUACAACUUUGACGGCACCAUCGAGUACCUGGGCCGCAGGGACUCUCAGGUCAAGGUCCGCGGCUUCCGUAUCGAGCUCGGAGAAAUCGAAUACAACCUCAAGCUUCACAUGCCUGGUGUGGUGCAUGCGGCUGUCCAAGUCUUGCGCGACGAAAACUCGCAUGAGCAACUCUUGGCCAUGUUCAGCAUGGCGCAAGAUGACAACGACGAUGAGAACACAAGGCUACCCAGAGGAGGCCAACACGACAGUGACGAUCAGUGGCUGUUGCCUCUGGACGAUAAGCUCAAGUUGGCCUUGGCCGCAGCCGCACAGAGCCUCAAGGAGCGUCUGCCGGGCUACAUGGUGCCGAGCGUGUUCCUCCCUCUUCGUCAAAUGCCCCUGUUGACUUCUAUGAAACUCAACAGGGUUGAGCUAUGCCGACUCGCCACGCAGCUUACCAAGGACCAGCUCCUCACAUACUCGCUUGUGAAUGACGAAAAGGUCGCCCUUGAGACCGACACCGAGUUCCGCAUCCGGGACAUCUGGGCAACAGUCUUGCGUAUGAGUCCAGAGGAUAUUGGUCGCCACGACAAUUUCCUCCAGAUCGGCGGUGACUCUAUUCGGGCCAUUCAGGUCGUCGCCAUUGCGCGGGAUGCUGGCUUGUCUCUGCUAGUGCGCGACAUCUUCCAGGAUCCUCGUCUCAGUGCAGUGGCAGCCAAGGCGAUCACUAUUGCAGACGAUCGCGACAAUCACAUCCAGCCGUUCAGCCUUCUGUCCGCCAAUGAAGAAGCUGUGAACGAGUUCAAGUCUGCUGCAGUAUGGGCCUGUGGGCUUCAAAGCGAGCAGGUCAUCGAAGACGCCUACCCUUGUACAGCUCUGCAAGAGGGUCUCAUGGCUUUGUCGAUGAAGCAACCGGGAUCAUAUGUGGCCAAGUACGUCUACCGUCUUGCGCCUUCCGUGGACAUCAUCAAGUUCAAGAGCGCGGUGGAGCAGACCUUGGCAUCGUCUGCGACCCUUCGCGCGCGCAUUAUCCCCCACGGCGGUCGAUCAGUGCAAGUCAUUGUCAACGAGCCAGCUGUCUGGGAAGCCACAGAGGGGCUGGCACUCGCCGAAGUACUCGAGUCGAGUGGCAAGAUCACCAUGCAGUAUGGAUCGCCUCUCUGCCGCCAUGCACUGGUUCAAGAACCCUCGGGACAUUGCUACCUGGUCCUGAUAAUGCAUCACGCCGCGUUUGACGGCUGGAGUACAGGUCUCCUUCUGGCCUCAAUGCGCGAGAUCUACCUGUCCAACUCGGCCCCGGCGCUCGAACCCUAUGCCGGCUUUGUCAAGUACACCGCCGAGAUCGACUCAGCUGCCGCCUCUGAGUACUGGAUGCAGCAGCUGGACGGCGCCACGCGGGCGUCCUUCCCAGCAGCAAACCACAAUGCAAUUGCACAGACUGGCCAGGCGAGAUCUACGAGAAUACUCAACUCUACAAUUUCGCUGCCGGCACAGCGGGCUGACACCACCAUCACGGUCGCGACAGUCCUCCAGACGGCCUGGGGUAUGGUUCUGGCACGUUACUGCAACACUGACGACAUCUGCUUUGGCAUGACCGUCUCUGGCCGCCAGGCACCCAUUGCUGGCGUUGAAAGCAUGGUUGGCCCUGCUGUGGCAACCGUGCCUGUGCGCCUUCGCUUCGGCCAAGGCGACCAUGAAGACCAGCGGUCAGUUGCCGAGCUGCUUGCAAAUGUGCAGUCUCAGCUGUCCAACAUGGUUGAGUUUGAACAGUUCGGUAUCCAGAACAUCAGCAAGCUGAGUGCCACCGCACGUGAAGUCUGCGACUUUGCCAACCUGCUGAUCAUCCAGCCCGCAUCCCAAGAUUCCACGGCCAGCGAUGAUGCAGUCUUCUGGCCUCUGGACCAGACGGCGUCCGAGACCCUGGACGAGAAGAGCGGGGGCUACUUCAACUACCCCCUCGUCCUGCAAGCCGUGACACACAAUGAUCGCAUUGAGCUCGACUUUGCCUAUGACGACACGGUCCUAUCGCCCGAGGUGCUCGAGGCACUCACACACCACCUUGACAACGUCGUGCGCCAGCUGCUUGCUGCAUCUGCCGAACCAGUCAGCGCCGUGUCCGUGGCGGGCAAUUGGGAUUUCGAGCAGGCCAAGAAGUGGAACGCGUCGGCUGAUACCACCAAGGUCGAUGCCUGCAUCCACGACCUGGUAGCAGAGCGAGCCGCGCAGACACCCGAUCAUGAAGCUGUACACGCCUGGGACGGCACACUGAGCUAUGCCGAUCUGCACCGCCAAGCAGCGAUACUCGCGCGCAAGCUUGUUCACCUAGGUGUCGGGCCAGAGGUACUCGUCCCCAUCUGCUUCGACAAGUCGCGCUGGGCUAUUGUCGCCAUGCUUGCCGUGCUGCAGGCUGGCGGUGCCUUUGUGCCCCUCGAUCCAUCGCACCCGCUGGCCAGACGCCAGGCACUGGUCAGUGACACGAAGGCACACUGCAUCGUGGCGUCCUCUACGACAUCCGCAGUCUGCGAGGACCUUGUACCGCAGCUGGUUAUCCUGUCCGAGUCGUUCAUGACUGAGCUGGCGUCCCAGAGCAAUGACACCGCGGCAAACCAUGCAAAGCCAACACCCGGAAACGCCGCAUAUGCCAUUUUCACCUCUGGCUCUACAGGAAAGCCCAAGACAAUUGUCGUUGAGCACUCUGCUCUCAGCACCAGUGCGAUCCGCAAUGGCAUCGAGCACAAUAUGACUAGCUCCUCUCGCGUGCUCCAGUACUCGAGCUUCGUGUUCGACAUCAGUUUGGGUGAGAUUUUCGAGACGCUGGCGUUCGGAGGCACGAUAUGCAUACCCUCCGAAGCACAGAGACUGCAGGGCCUGGCUGCCUUUAUGGAAGCAUCGCAGACCAACGUUGCGAUGCUGACGGCCUCAUUCCUCACCACCCUCAAACCAGCAGAUGUGCCUUCACUCAAGACUCUGCUCCUGGUGGGAGAGGCUCCGACGCAGCAGGUUGUGCAGACCUGGGUCGGCCAUGUCGACCUCACCAACGCAUACGGGCCGGCAGAGGCAGUCAUCUACUGUGCAACCCACACCUACAAGCACCCCGAUGAGCUGGCCACCUUGAUCGGCAAGGGCGUCAUGUCGAACUUCUGGAUCGUCAAUGUGGACGACAGCCGACGCCGCCUCGCCCCCAUUGGCUGCAUUGGCGAAUUGCUGAUCCAGAGUCACGCCCUUGCUCGCGGCUAUGCCAACAACCCCAAACUAACGGCACAAAGUUUCCCGGACGCUAUCGAGUGGGCUCCGACGAGCUCCCUAGUGGCAGAUGAUGCCCUGAGGUUUUACGCGACAGGCGACUUGGUCCGGUACAUGCCCGACGGCAGCAUCGAGUAUCUUGGCCGGAAAGACACUCAGAUCAAGCUCCGUGGACAACGCAUCGAGCUGGGUGCUAUUGAACACAGCAUCAAGAGCUUCGAUGCUGAGGUACAAUAUGCGGCUGUCGACGUGGUCAAGCAAGGCUCCCGGGAGUGGCUUGUGGCAUUUGUCAAGUUCAUCACAGAUGAACAGGAGUCUGCCACCACAGCUGAUGACCUUACACUGCCAAUGAACAGUGGUUACACCAGGCGCUUCCAAGACGUGUUGGAGCAAAUCAGCCAGCAACUCCCGUCCUACAUGCUGCCGACACUAUUCAUCCCGCUUUCGCGAAUGCCCUUCCAGGCGUCAAUGAAGUUGGAUAGGUCUCGUCUCCGCAAACUCGGACACGACCUCCCUCAAGAGAAGCUACUCAGCUAUGCUCUGGCCACCAACGAGGAGGUCGUUGCUCCGGCCACAGCCAUGGAGGCCAAGAUGCAGACUGUGUGGUCCAAGGUGCUCAUGCUGGCACCCGAGCAGAUUGGUCGUCACAGCAGUUUCCUCCAGCUUGGCGGUGACUCCAUUACCGCCAUCCACGUGGUGACCACAGCACACGAGAUGGGCCUGGCUUUAAGCGUCCAGGACAUCUUUGCCAAUCCUCGACUCUCUGCUGUUGCAGCGAGGACCACGAUCGGCAGCGGGCAGUCGUAUAAGACUGAUCCCUUCAGCCUGUUGCCCGCGGACGAGGUCCAUGAGAUCCGCACUGGCAUAGCUCGCGACUGCAGCCUGGCUGACGUUGACAAUAUCGAGGAUGCAUACCCAUGCACAGCCCUGCAGGAAGGCCUCAUGGCACUCUCGGUCAAGCAGCCCGGCUCGUAUGUCGCUAAACAGGUCUACCAGCUCCCUGCCUCUGUCAACCUAGAUCGGUUCCGUGAUGCUUGGGCAAGUACUUUGCAGGCAUGCGAGAGCUUGCGAACGCGGAUCAUUGUCCGCAACGGCAUCUCCAUACAGGCAGUCAUCCGCAGUGACCCGGUAUGGGAAACGGUCCACCAAGAAGGACUCGCAGUCACUUUGCAAGCCAUCACGGCCAAGGGUGUGCAGUACGGUACUCCUCUGUGCCGCUAUGCACUCGUGUCAGAUAAGGACGACGGGAACAACUACUUUGUCCUGGUCCUGCACCACGCAAUCUUCGAUGGCUGGAGCAAUGGCCUGAUCCUCCAGGCGCUGCAAAGCUACUACGACGGCCUCGAUGCCGCGACACCAAUCGUGAUGGAACCCUUCUCGAGCUUCGUCAACUACACCACUCAGCUCGACUUGGCUGCCGCGGCAGACUACUGGACUGCGCAGCUCGAAGGCGCGCAGCGGGCGUCAUUCCCAGAAGAACGCAGCCACGCCACCUCGCCCGCUAAGACGUCCAGCAACCGGUCUCUGAGCAAGUCAAUCACGUACACGAAGCCGGCUGAUUCGUCAAUCACGGAUGCGACAAUACUGAAAGCUGCAUGGGCUAUUGUGUUGGCCAGGUACUCCGAGACCGAAGACAUCUUGUUCGGCACCUCUGUCGCGGGAAGACACGCGGCAGUGCCUGGCAUCGAGAGAAUAGCUGGCCCGUCCAUUGCUACUGUCCCAGUGCGCGUCCGCAUCGAUCGCAAGCAGACCACGACGGACUUCCUGCAUACCAUGCAGACACAGGCAUCCGAGAUGGUGCCCUUCGAGCAGUUUGGCCUCCAGAGGAUAGCCAAACUGUCCACAAGCGCCAAGGCUGCCUGCCACUUUGGCAGUCUUGUCAUCAUCCAGCCAGGACAGAGUCCGGCUACGACGGACUCGGCAGGCCAGGCAUCAGACAACUUGCUGUCACCAGUCUCUCCCGACAGCCUUGGCUCAGCCGAGCCGAUGGAAGGUUAUUUCAACUACCCGCUCGUGCUCCAGGCUGUCACCUACAAGAACCGCGUCGACAUUGUCUUCAACUACGACACGAACUACAUCUCAUCGGAGAAGCUCGAUGCCCUGACCGCCCACCUCGACAAUGUCACCCAGCAGCUGACACACAUUCAAAAUGGCUCGUCAGCUCUGGGAGCAGUCUCUGUUGCUGGAGACUGGGAUCUCGCCCUCGCCACGAGAUGGAACGCUACGACAGACACAACUCGAUUCGACACGUGCGUGCACACUCUGAUCUCCGAACGCGCUGCUCGGGCCCCUGAGAGCCAAGCAGUCUUUGCAUGGGAUGGUGCCUUUACCUAUGCAGAGCUGGACAAGCUCUCCUCUCAAGUUGCCACGCAUCUCGUCCACCUAGGUGUGAGGCCCGAAUCACUGGUCCCUAUAUGCUUUGAGAAGUCGAAAUGGGCCAUUGUCGCCAUGCUGGCCAUCCAGAAGGCAGGCGGCGCGUUCACCCCAAUCGACCCGACGCAUCCGGCUUCUCGCCGCAGAGAUCUAGUCACCGAAGCUAAGGCGACUGUCAUGCUUACUUCGGCGUCAAUGGCACACUCGUGCAGAGGUCUGACUACGCACUUGGUAGAGCUCUCGGACCAGUCAACUACGCUGCAAAGGACAGCUGUUCCCGAGCCCUUGGCUGAUCCAUCCCACACUGUGUCAGUCACAGGGUCCAAUAUUGCCUAUGCCAUCUUUACCUCUGGAUCUACGGGCAAGCCCAAAACCAUCCUCGUCGACCACGCCGCCUUGUGCACAAGUGUGCGGGCCCAGUCUCACGUUUUCAAAGUUGGGGAGGACUCGCGAGUUCUGCAGUUCUCCAACUUUGCCUUUGACGUAUCACUCGCAGAGAUCUUCACUACCCUGACCCACGGUGGUGCAGUGUGCAUACCGUCUGACGCGGAUCGCCUGCAGAACAUUGCAGGAUUCAUUAACCAUGCCAGAGUGACAACUGCCUUCCUGACCCCUUCGUUCGCAAGGACUUUCGGGCCACAGGAUGUGCCCCAUCUCCAGACUCUGGUUCUUGGUGGCGAGGCGCCCACGAAGCAGAACCUCGAGUCAUGGUUCGGCCGUAUUCCCAACCUCAUCAACGGCUAUGGACCUACCGAGACGGUCAUCUUCUCUUGCGCUUACACCUACCAGUCUCGCGACGAGGCUCCAGGUACAAUCGGCAGAGGUGUGAGCGGCAAGUGUUGGAUCGUGGACCAGCACGACGACAACGUUCGCCUGAGCCCUGUCGGCUGCGUUGGCGAGCUGGUCAUCCAGGGUCACUCCCUUGCGCGCGGAUACGCAGGUCAGCCUGAGGAGACGGCGCGCGUCUUCCUCGAGAGCGCGCCCUGGCUGUCGUUCCCCAAUGACAAAAGCGACGGUCAGCGUUUCUACAGGACGGGUGAUCUGGUCAGAUACAAGACCGACGGAACCCUGGAGUACCUUGGCCGCAAGGACACGCAGAUCAAGCUGCGUGGACAGCGCAUCGAGUUGGGUGCCAUCGAGCACGUCAUCAAGCACAGCAACCCCGGCGCGCUGACAGUGCAGCACGUGGCUGUUGAUCUCGUCAAAGAAGAAGCAGGACGCGAGUGGCUUGUCGCUCUCGUCAACUUCGCAGACAUCUCUGCAGCAGAAGAAGAAGUCACACAGGAUGACGAUAGUGUCUUGUUGGCCAGCACAAAGACAAUCCGCAAGACCCUGGCCGCCAUUGCGGACCACCUGAGGACCUGCCUACCCGCCUACAUGGUGCCCAGCUACUUCAUGCCUCUCAGAACCAUGCCCUUCCAGACGGCGUCCAUGAAGCUGAAUCGUGGCGAGCUCCGGCGGAUCGCCAACGCGCUGACGCAGGAGCAGCUCGUCUCCUACGCUACGAACAUAGACGACGGCAGCAACGGCACCGAGACCACGACCACAACUGCAGCCUGGACCGAGACGGAGCUCAAGCUGCGCGACAUCUGGGCCAAGGUUGUGCGGAUGGACCAGGCUCGUAUUGGACGCCACGACAACUUCUUGCUCAUGGGCGGCGACUCGAUCAGCGCCAUCCAAGUCGUCCAAGAGGCUCGCGAGGUUGGCGUCGAGCUAACGGUGCACGACAUCUUCACGGACCCAAGACUCUCGGCGGUAGCCGCCAGGGCCACCACGAAUCACUCGGGACAAGAACAAGGAUCCAGGAGUGCCACAUACGAGACGACUCCAUUCAGUCUGGUGCCAGCGGACCAGGUGGACGAGCUACGUGCCGCCAUGGCCCGCGAGUGCAGACUUCAAGGCGACAGCGAUGACAACAUGACCGACACUAUCGAGGACAUCUACCCUUGCACACCACUGCAAGAGGGUCUCAUGGCGCUCGCCGUCAAGCAGCCCGGCUCUUACAUUGCGCGGUACACCUACCGGGUCUCUGGCUCGGCCGACCUCGACCGCCUCCGGGCAGCUUGGGAACGUACGGUCGAGGCCUGCGAGUCCCUGCGCACUCGCGUUGUCCUGCACGAGGGCAAGUCGUACCAGGGCGUGCUCAGGGGCCCAGCGGAGUGGGACACAUUAGCUCCAGGCGCCACCACACUGGAUCCUGGCAUGACCAUGGGCUACGGCUCGCGGCUGUGCCGGUACGCACUGAUCGAGGAUGGAGAAGCACGCCUUUUCACAUUGGCCAUCCACCACGCCGUGUUUGACGGCUGGAGUAUGAGUCUUGUGCUCGAGAAGCUGCGAGGAUUCUACGAGGGCGAAGGGGUCGUGGUGGCGCCACUGCAGCCAUACUCGCGCUUUGUCAACUACACCACGCAGCUGAGCGAAGACGCCGCCGCCGAAUACUGGAGCCAGCAGCUCGAGGGUGCCCGACCAGCAUCGUUCCCCCGUGUGCCUCCUGCCUCUUCGACAUCCACUACCGGCAGCACACGCAUCCACGAGGCGAUGCUCGACCUGUCUCCCGAGAACCACAAGACUGGGGGCAUCACCAAGGCGACACUCCUCCGCGCCGCAUGGGCAGUCGUGCUCGGCCGCUACUGCGACACCAAGGACGUGUGCUUCGGCACGAGUGUGUCCGGCCGCCAGUGCCCCGUGCCCGGCAUCGAGCGCAUGGCCGGCCCGGCGGUGGCUACUGUGCCUGUGCGCAUCCGCCUGGACGGCAGCAAGUCUGUCGGCAAGCUGCUGCGCGAUGUGCAGGCGCAGGCGAGCGAGAUGACGGCGUUUGAGCAGUACGGCCUGCGCAACAUCUCGCGACUCAGCGAGGCCGCCCGUGAGGCCUGUGCGUUCAGCAGUCUCAUGGUUGUUCAGCCGGCGCAGCACCUGGGCGAUCCUGGCGACGAUGGCGACAUCACCAGCAACAACAGCGACGAGGCAUCCGUCCUGAUCCCCGUUAGGCACAACGCACAAGGCCUCGCCACCGAGAUGGAGGGCUACUUCAACUACCCUCUCGUCCUGCAGUGCGUCGUCUAUGCGACCAAGGUCAAGCUCGUCACCACCUACGACGCCCGCGCGCUCAACGAGCGCCAGCUCCAGGGCGUGGUCAGCAGGUUCGCCCAUACCCUGACACAGCUCACUGCCGCGGCCGAGAAGCAGUCAUCGUCUUCGUCGGCGCAGCGCCAGAAGCGCGACAAGAAACGCCGCACGCAAGAGGCCGGUAUCUCAAUUCUGGUCUCUAUCUGCACUGCUGGUGGAUAUGGGUUAGUGCAUGCAGCCCUACGUUGGUCGGUAAGGCAGCAGUCGCAGUUUCUGGCGGCCUCUAACUUUGGCAUGGCACAGUUAGUGCAAAAAGUCAAGCAAUGCAGCACGCUGGGUUUAAGAGCGUCACAGGACACAAACUGCCCCCGCCUUGCCAAGACAGGCGCAGCCUCAGGCAACAAGAUGACCAUGGGGAUCCCUGGUCGGCAAUCUCAUGCGAUUGUGUCCCAGACAUGGCAAACACGCAAGCCUCCGAUCGGCACUGCCGCGAUCCCCGUCCGUCUGCCCCUCAUGUUUGCUUGGACUGCCAACACCUCUGAUGUCACCGGCAUUGCCCGCCAGGCUUCGACCGGCGCCACCGAGAUCGAAGACAGCAUCCUCUCCCGCAACAACAUCAACACAACGAGUCUGCCUACGGAGCUGCAGACUUUGCAGGGCCUCACGGCCAAGCUGCGCCAGCUCGCCACUGCUGCGACUGAGCUCCGCGAUGUACUCAACCGCAAUGCUUCAUCACAGAACGCGCAUGACGCCCUUGCAACCGGCCUCCCGGGCUGCGAUGCCGCCGUCGCCACACUCGUCAAGCAGCUCAUGCGCCUGGAUCGCGGCACGUCGCCACAACAGCUCAGCCUCGCGGCGCUACUCACAUACGACCACUUUGCGGCGGUGGCGGCGAGCUUCUUUGGCCUUAUGGCGUCGAUGCUGACAAGAUCACAACAACAAGCGAAUACGACCCGUGUUGCCGCAGAUGUCGACACCCUUUUGGCCCGAGUGUCCAGCGCGUGCUCCGACGUGUCCAGCUCUGGCGGCAUCCUUCUCGAUGGCGGCCUUGUCAAUGCCACCCAGCCUCUGACAUUUCGAGCGACGGCUCCACCCAUGUCCCUGCUUGACACGGACAACGAUGCGAUCGAGACCACACCCCCACUGUACGAGCUGCAGGCGCCCUCAGACGCACGGGGCCAGCCGCCGCCAUUCGAGGCCGCGCCGGACUCUACAGGCUCGAAAUUCGAGGAAUGGGACAGUAAGCGAGGCAAGGCAGAGGGCGAGGUUCCAGCCUACGCUCCACCGUCGCCGGCGUAUCACAGUGGUGAAGAGAAGGGAAGCGAGAAGAAAAAGGGCGUGUUGACCAAACCGCCGUCUCCGCCACACGGCAACAAGAAGCUGUUUGGCAGCAUCACCGGCCCGUUGCGCUCCGUGGCCAAUGCGCUACGCCCCAAGCCCGAGCCUCUUGUGGUCGCACUCUGCGAGGCUGCGAUUCGGGGCGAGGUGGCGCAGAUGCGCAGCCUCGUGGCACAGGGUGGUGUCAACGUCAAUGGGCGGAACGAGCAGGGCUACACGGCGCUCAUAUGCGCUGUGCUUGCGGACCAGGCAGAAGCUGUGCGAUUUCUGCUGAGCAGCGAGGCCCGGGCGGACCCGAGCGUCUGCGACAAUGCCGGCUCAAGUUUCAGCAGCGGCAACCGCAAUAAGCCUGCGCUUUACCACGCCGUCGAGACAUUAAACAUGCCCAUCGCAGAACUCUUGCUGGCAGACAAGGCCGCCGGUGGGGCGAGUCUCGCGGGUCAGGUGGACUCAUAUGGCCAGCCGUACUUUGCACGUUGCGUGCUGGGUGACACUCCCACAACACCGUGGCUUGAGCUCCUGCUCCGAAACGGCGCCGCGGCGGAGUCAAAGGAUCUCACGGGGAGGCCGCUCGUCCUGGCAGCGCUAGACAAGCGUAAGAGCAAGCACGACGUCGAAGACGUGGUCAACCUGCUCUUGCAGCACGGGGCUUCACCAAGCUCCAAGGAUGACGACGGCACGGCGCUUCUGCACCGGUGUGUAGACCAAGGUCGCGGCAAGUUGGCGCUCAAGCUGGUGGCCAUGGGCGCCAAUGCCAACGGCAAGGACGUAUCGGGGUCACCGGUGCUUCUUGCGGCCCUGAAGCGUGGCGAUCGGGCGCUCGUCACGGCGCUGUUGGAGCAUGGAGCGGACCCGAAUGCCAAAGACCUUUAUGGCUCGCCCAUGCUCGCAACUCUGACCAAGAUGCCCUUGCCGCAAGCAGAGCGGGAAGCCAUGUCGAAGUUACUACUCGAGCACGGUGCACACAAACUGAAGUGAUGGGAAGAGGUGGACAUGUAUGUAUGUGAGGGGAAAGCGUGUUCGAGUCAUAGAGUUCCUCUAGGCAGGACACAGUAGCG